CUCGGCCGACCAGCUGCCCUGAGCAGAGUCAGCGUUCCCAGCCUGGACGCCUCGGCUGGAGGGACUGCUGUUACGAGGAAAACUACAAAACUACACGGCGGCGUAGGCCUGUAGUUUUGUUUUUUUCUUUGGGGUUCCUUUGAGGCUCAACUGUUCCCCUUUUGGAUUUUCUGACUCCGUUUUCUGGAUAAAGAUUUUAGAUUUCCUGCUGAGCGCCCAAAUCUGGGCUUCCCAGGCAUCCUUGUCCAGACAAGGUGCCAGCCAACAUGUCAACACAAGCACCGACAUUCACACAGCCGCUACAGAGCGUCGUGGCACUUGAGGGUAGUGCCGCGACGUUUGAGGCUCAAAUUAGUGGUUCUCCAGUUCCCGAGGUGAGCUGGUUCCGCGAUGGCCAGGUUCUUUCCACCACCACUCUGCCAGGUAUACAGAUCUUGUUCAGCGAUGGCCGCGCUGUUCUGAGGAUUCCUGCUGUGAUGGCUGCACACAGCGGAAGGUUUUCUGUUAGAGCCACGAACGGAGCUGGACAAGCCACAAGCACCGCUGAACUCCUCGUUACAGUGGAGACGGCGCCUCCAAAUUUCCUUCAAAGACUUCAGAGUUUAACAGUGAGACAAGGCAGCCAGGUGAGGCUGGAUGUGCGAGUGACAGGAAUCCCAACACCAGCUGUGAAGUUCUACAGAGAAGGGGCCGAGAUUCAGAGCUCGGCCGACUUCAGGAUCCUCCAAGAUGGAGACCUGUAUACUUUGUUGAUCGCUGAAGCCUUCCCAGAGGACUCUGGGACAUAUUCUGUGACUGCCACCAACAACAGCGGACGGGCCACCUCCACUGCCGAAUUGCUAGUUCAGGGUGAGGAAGCUGUGCCAGCUAAGAAACUGAAGACUGUUUCCACAUCCCAAAUAUCGGCUUCCCAGAGCAGAGUACAGAGGGUGGAGACUAGUUUCCAGGCCUCCACUAAGAGGGAGAUCCAUGUAGGAGAAGGAAUGAUCACUCAGCAUUUGGCUCACAAAACCCCCCCACGGGUUCCUCCAAAGCCGACCUCCAAGUCCCCGCCGUCCUAUGUUUCCAAGGUGACGGCAGGACGUCAGCAGUCCCCUUCGCCUGUCAGACAUGUGAAAGGGCCAACACCGACACCUGUCAGACCAGUGUCUCCAUCCACCAAACUGUCUGUUUCUCCCAUCCGACCAGUCAAGUCUCCCAUCAUGACCAGGAAACAGGUAUCUACCUCUGCAGAGGUUCUGCCGCCCUGGAAACAGGGAGACUACGCGACUGAGGCGAGCUAUACCAGCAUGGCAAGCAUGACCGCUGUCAGCAGCACCACUCAGCUUCACAUGGAGAAGCACUGGGAGCAGCAGGUGGCUGCCACCAGAGAGGAGGUGGCUGCAGUGCCUACAAGAUCCCAGGAGCCUGUUGUUCCACCCACUCUUAUUGCUGGACUGAAGAACCUGACUGUGACCGAAGGUGAGUCAGUGACCUUGGAGUGCAAAAUCAGCAGUCACCCUUCCCCGGUCAUAAUCUGGUUCAGGGAGGACUACAAGAUCGAGAGCUCCAUUGACUUCCAGAUCAGCUACGAGCACGGAUUUGCCAGGCUGAUUAUUCGUGAGGCAUUUGCUGAAGACAGUGGCCGGUUUACCUGCACUGCCACCAAUGAAGCAGGAACUGUGAGCACCUCCUGCUACCUGCUUGUGAAAGUUUCAGAAGAAAUCGAAAGCAGAGAGGAAACAGCUGUCACAGAAAUUGCAAUCACACAAGAAAAAACUGUUGCAGCUGAAACAAAGCUGCAGACAGUGACAGAGUUGAGCGCAGGAGAACCUGCAGCUCCGUUCUUCAUCAAGAAACCCACUGUGCAGAAGCUAGUGGAGGGAGGAAGUGUUGUGUUUGAAUGCCAGGUUGGAGGAAAUCCAAGACCUCACAUUAUCUGGAAGAAGAAUGGCGUGCUGCUUACCACUGGAUACAGAUACAAAGUUGCCUACAAGGAAACUGGAGAAUGUAAACUGGAGAUCUCGAUGACCUUUGCUGACGAUGCCGGAGAAUACUCCAUCUUUGCUAAAAAUCCCCACGGAGAAGCUUCAGCUUCCACCAGCCUGUUGGAGGAAGAGGAAUAUGAAGCACAUAUGAAGCAGCACGAUGUAACAUAUAAAACUGAAGUGACUACGUCAGUGGUUCAGGAACCCUCCGUGGUCGUGAGUCAGUAUGAAUUGGAACAGAGGAGGACAAUAACCCCGAUGAGCUUUGUCUCAGAAACGGAAUUCCUCAUUUCAGCCUUUGAGGAGAGGAUAAUACAGAAGAUCGAACUGUGUAUCAUGACAAUUACUUACAGAGAGCUUGUGGCAGAGGACGGAGAGCUGGUAGUGACUAUAGCAGAUGAGGAGGCAGUGCAGCCAGCCUUUGACACACCAGUGAAAAACUACAGGAUCAUGGAGGGAGUGGGAGUCACUUUCCACUGCAAGAUGGUUGGAAAACCACUGCCAAAGAUUGCCUGGUACAAAGAUGGCCAGCGCAUCAGGCCCAGUGCGCGUUACCAAAUUGAAGUUCUUCAAGAUGGGCGAGCCAGUCUUCGUCUGCCUGUGGUGCUGCCAGAGGAUGAAGGCGUGUACACUGCUUUUUCCACAAACAUGAAGGGAAAUGCAGUCAGCUCUGGAAAGCUUUAUGUGGAGCCAUCCGAAGCUGUAACGCCGCAGAGAUACACACCACAGCCAGCAGUACAGAGGAUAAGAUCGACAUCUCCUCGUUCUCUGAGCCGCUCCCCAGGGCGUUCUUCCAGCCGAUCUCCUCGCCAGUCUCCUGCCCGUCGAUUUGACGAAACAGAUGAGGCUCAGCUUGAAAGACUAUACAAACCUGUAUUUGUCAUGAAGCCCUCCUCAAUAAAAUGUUCUGAGGGGCAAACUGCCCGAUUUGAUUUGAAAGUUGUUGGCAGGCCAAUGCCUGACACAUACUGGUUCCACAAUGGACAACAAGUGAUCAAUGAUAACACACACAAGAUAGUGAUUAAAGAGGAUGGUACUCAGUCCCUGAUCAUUGUCCCAGCCCUACCACAAGACUCUGGAGAGUGGACGGUUGUUGCUCAGAAUAGAGCUGGACGGGCAUCUCUCAAUGUAACUCUUACUGUUGAUGCUCAAGAAACCCUGGCACGUCCUCAAUUUGUUGAAAAGCUGAAAAACAUCACUGUAAAGCAGGGCACUCUGGUUGAGUUGGCUGUCAAAGCCAUUGGAAACCCCCUGCCAGACAUUGUGUGGCUGAAAAACAGUGACAUCAUCACCCCACACAAGCAUCCACAGAUAAAGAUUGAUGGCACCAAAGGAGAAGCCAAAUUCCAGAUUCCAUCUGCUUCAGGCUCAGACAGCGCCUGGUACACUGCUACAGCCAUCAACAAGGCUGGUAGAGACACCACUCGUUGCAGAGUCAAUGUUGAGGUGGACUUUGCUGCCCCUCAAACCGAGAGGAAGCUCAUUAUUCCUAGAGGAACCUACAAAGCUAAAGAGAUUGCAGCACCCGAGUUGGAGCCGCUUCAUUUGCGAUACGGCCAAGAGCAGUGGGAGGAGGGUGAUCUUUAUGACAAGGAGAAGCAACAGAAACCACAAUUCAAGAAGAAGUUGACAUCUAUCAGAAUGAAGUGUUUUGGACCAGCCCAUUUUGAGUGUAGACUCACUCCUAUUGGUGACCCCAAUAUGGUAGUGGAGUGGCUGCAUGAUGGCAAACCUCUGGCUGCUGCUAAUAGGUUGCAUAUGGUCAAUGAAUUUGGAUACUGCAGCCUUGAUUAUGAAGUUGCUUAUGCUAGGGACAGUGGUGUUAUUACUUGCAGAGCCACAAACAAAUGUGGAGUUGACCAGACCUCAGCCACCCUGAUUGUCAAGGAUGAGAAGGGACUUGUUGAGGAAACACAACUUCCUGAAGGCAGGAAGGGAGCAUAUAGGAUGGAUGAGAUUGAGCGCAUGGCUCCUGAGGGAGGACCUGCAGGAGUCGGCGCUGAUGAAGAAUCUGAAAAGACAAAACCUGAUAUUGUCUUGCUUCCUGAACCAGCAAGAGUGCUGGAAGGCAACAUUGCACGAUUCCGCUGCAGAGUAACUGGUUAUCCAGCACCAAAGGUUAAUUGGUACCUCAACGGACAACUUAUCCGCAAAAGCAAGAGAUAUAGACUCCGUUAUGAUGGUAUUUACUAUUUAGAGAUUGUUGACAUCAAGUCCUAUGACUCAGGAGAGGUUAGGGUGGUUGCUGACAAUCCUUUAGGAACAGCUGAGCACACAGUAAAGCUAGAGAUCCAGCAGAGGGAAGACUUUAGAACUGUCCUGCGUCGUGCACCAGAACCAAAACUUGCAGAGGCUACACACGAGCCUGGCAAGAUUGGAUUUGAUAUUGUGAAGAUGGACCGACCUAGUGAGGCUUCACAAGACAGGGAAGUGGUUAAGCUGCGUAAGACACAGAGAAUUCUUCAUGAGAAAACUUCAGAGGAGUCUGAAGAACUGAAGAGCAAGUUCAAGCGCAGAACAGAGGAGGGUUUCUAUGAGUCUAUCUCGGCUGUAGAGCUUAAGUCUCGCAAGAGGGAUGACUCUUAUGAAGACCUAUUGAAGAAGACUAAAGAGGAGCUGCUCCAUCAUAUGAAAGAGAAAGAAGAAGCUGAAAGGAAGAGGAUGGAGGAAGAGGGUAAACUCACUAUCCCCACAAUAAAACCUGAACGGGUCCUGCUCUCUCCCAGCAUGGAAGCACCCAAGAUCCUGGAACGCAUUGCAAGCAAGACUGUUGCUCCAAUGGAUGAGGUUCGUUUCAGAGUCAGAGUAGUUGGUAGACCAGAACCUGAGUGUCAGUGGUUCAAGAAUGGCAUUCAGCUGGAAAAGUCUGACCGUAUUUACUGGUACUGGCCUGAGGACAAUGUAUGUGAAUUGGUCAUAAGAGAUGUCGAAACACAAGAUUCUGCUAGCAUCAUGGUUAAGGCCAUUAAUAUUGCUGGGGAGUCCUCAAGUCAUGCCUUCCUGCUUGUACAAGCCAAGACAGCAGUUAGCUUUACCCAAAACUUGGAGGAUACGAGUGCCAAGGAGAAGGAUACCAUGGUGACCUUUGAGUGUGAAACCAAUGAACCCUUCGUCAGAGUCAAAUGGUUUAAGAACAACACGGAGAUCUUCUCAGGAGACAAAUACAGAAUGCACUCUGACAGAAAAGUCCACUUCCUAUCUGUGCUAAUGAUUGAAAUGAGGGAUGACGCAGAAUACACCUGUGUGAUUGCAGAUGAUGAGAACAUAAGAACGAGUGCAAGGCUUCACGUGGAAGGUGCUGCUCUCGAGCUCAUCAAACAAAUGGAGAACAUUGAGGUACCAGAAUCCUAUGCUGGCGAGUUUGAGGUCGAGUUAUCUCGUGAAGAUGCUGAGGGCAGCUGGCUCUUUGGAGACAAAGUUCUCUCACCCAGCAAUAAAUACAUCAUAUCGUCACGUCGAGGAAGACACACUUUGUCUGUCAAGGAUGUCAGGAAAGAGGACCAGGGAAAAUACACCUUUGUAUGCGGUGAUCUGAAGACCAGUGCCUCACUAAAAAUGAAACUGCGUCCAGUGACACUGAUGCAGCCCCUGACUGAUCUGAUAGUCUGUGAGGGUGAUAUUGCUCAGCUGGAGGUCAGGUUUUCCCAAGAGAAUGUUGAGGGAACCUGGAUGAAGAACGGCCAGGCCAUUUCUGCCUCGGAACGUAUCCACAUUGUCAUUGACAAGAUGGUUCACAAGCUGCUGGUGGAGAAUAUCAGCACAGAAGAUGCUGCCUUGUACUCUUUUGUGGUUCCUGCCCAGGACAUCUCCACCUCAGGCAAACUCAGUGUUCAAACUAUUGACAUUGUAGUGCCACUGAAGGAUGUAUCCUCUAUUGAAGGCACAAAGGCUGUCCUGGAGGCUAAGAUCUCUGCCCAGGACAUCAGCUCUGUCAAAUGGUACCAUAAUGACAAACUGUUGACACCCAGUGACCGAAUCCAAAUGGUGGCAAAGGGAGCAAAGCAGCGGCUGGUCUUCACCAGAACCUUUGCAUCUGAUCAGGGUCACUAUAAACUAGUUGUUGGCAAGGUUGACACCAGCUGUAGCCUGACGGUUGAAGAGGUACACAUUGUGAAACACAUGGAGGACAAAGUGUGUUCAGAGUCCCAGAAUGUGACGUUUAAUGUUGAAGUCUCUCACCCUGGAAUUGACUCAGUCUGGACAUUCAGGAACCAGCAAAUCAAACCUGGACCUAAAUCCAAGAUUGAGUCAAAGGGAAAGGCUCACUCUCUGACAGUCAUUGACGCCAUGAAAGAUGAGGAGGGCCAGUACAUGUUUCAUGCUGGUGAAAAGACAUCUAGUGCCAAGCUUACUGUCUCUGGUGGAGCCAUUACACGGCCCCUGCAGGAUGUGACAGUGGCGGAGUCUCAGACUGCUGAGCUUGAGUGUGAAGUUGCAAAUGCCAAUGCUGAGGGCAAGUGGCUUAAGGAGGGCCAGCCCAUUGACUUCAAUGAGAAUGUGGUGAGUGAGGUGAACGGAGCCAUCAGGCGCCUCAUCAUCAACAUUACCAGGCCACAGGAUGUCGGAGAGUAUACCUACCAGGUGGCCAACUCCAAAACUACAGCUAAUCUCAGGGUGGAGGGAGUGAAGAUCAAGAAAACUCUGAGGAACCAGACCGUGACGGAGACCCAGGAAGCAGUGUUCACACUGGAGCUCACACACCCCGAUGUGAAAGGAUCCCAGUGGAUUAAGAACGGGGUGGAACUGCAAAACAGCGAAAAGUACGAGAUCGUCUCCAGUGGCGUGGUCCAAACGCUGAAGGUCAAGGACUGCAACAUACAGGACGAGUCUGUUUACUCCUUCAAACUUGGAAAACUUUCUGCCAAUGCCAGACUCAACGUAGAGAAAAUCAAAAUUGUGAAGAAGAUAAAAGAUGUGACGUCUCUGUUGGAUGGCACAGCCUCCUUUGAGAUGAGCCUCUCACAUGACAACAUCCCUGUUAGGUGGAUGUUUAAAGGUUUGGAGCUGAAGUCAAGUGAGAAGUGCAAGAUUCUGUCUGAGAGGAAAGCACACAAACUGAUCCUGAAGAAUCUGGACAGCAGCGAUGCAGGAGAGUACGUGGCUGUGGUUGGACACUUGCAGUGCAGUGCUGUACUCACCGUGGAGGCUCUGCUGGUCACUAAACCCAUGAAAAGUGUGGAGGUACCAGAGACUCAAGUGGCCACAUUCGAGUGUGAAGUCUCCCACUUCAAUGUGCCGUCCACCUGGCUGAAGAACGGAGUGGAGAUUGAGAUGAGUGACAAGUUCAGGAUUGUGGUUCAGGGAAAACUCCAUCAGCUGAAGAUCAUGAACACCAGCAGGGACGACUCUGCAGAGUACACCUUCAUUUGUGGCAACGACCAAGUGUCUGCAACACUCACCGUCAACCCGGUUCUGAUCACCUCCAUGCUGAAGGACCUGAAUGCCCAAGAGAGAGACACUAUCACCUUUGAGGUCACCGUCAACUAUGAAGGCAUCACGUACAAAUGGCUGAAGAACGGCGUGGAAAUGAAGUCGUCGGACAGGUGCCAGGUCCGCAGUCGGCAGCUUACGCACUCCCUCACCAUCCGAAACGUUCACUUUGGAGACGGAGGAGAGUACAAGUUUGUGGCCGGCUCUGCUGCCACCACUGCUAAUCUCUUUGUCGAAGCUCGUGUGAUUGAAUUCACCAAGAAGAUCAAGGACAUAAAGAUCACAGAGAAGAAGAAGGCGAUUUUUGAGUGUGAGGUUUCUGAGCCAAACAUCCAGGUGAUGUGGAUGAAGGACGGUCAGGAGAUGGACAUGUCUGAGGAAAGGUAUAUUGUGACAGCAGAGAAGUAUGUUCACCGCCUCGUGAUCCAGACGGUUCGAAUGUCUGAUGCUGGGGAAUAUUCAGUGGUAGCUGGAUCAAGCGUCUCCAAGGCCCGGCUCACAGUGGAGGGUCGCGACAUUCGGAUCUCGGAACCUCCUGAGCGGGAAAUUACGGUUCUGGAGAAACACCGUGCAACCUUUGAGUUUGAAGUGAAUGAAGAAGAUGUGGAGGGUCACUGGCUGAAGAACGGUGUGGAGAUCCAGUUCUCGAUGGAAGAACGAUUUAACUACGUGACCAUCAGGAAGCUGCAUCGCCUCACCAUCUCAGAGACCUACAGGAGUGAUGCUGGGGAGUACACCUUCAUCGCUGGCAAAAAUAGAAGCACCAUGCAGCUUCGAAUAAACAUCCCCGAGCCUCCUCAGAUCCUUCGCCACAUGGAGCCCCAGUCGGUGGAGGCUGGAAAACCAGCUCGCUUCUCAGUCCAGGUGAGCGGUGUUCCCCAGCCUCAGGUCUUCUGGUACAAAAACUCCCAGGCUCUCUCCGCUGGCUUCAAGUGCAAGUUCCUGCACGAUGGCAACGAGCACACACUGCUGCUCAUCGAGGUCUUUCCUGAAGACGCUGCUGUCUACACCUGUGAGGCCAAGAACGAGUAUGGCACUGCCACAAGCACUGCAACACUCAAUGUUGAAGUUUCAGAGGUGGUUUCUCCAGACUCCCCCGCCACUGUUGCUCCCCCUGUCAUCAUCUCACCCAUGGCCAGCACUUCAGCCUGCGAGGGCGCACCAGCUUGCUUCCAGUGCAAAGUCCGUGGAGAUGAUGUGAAGAUAAGCUGGUUCCACAAGAAAAAGGAAAUCAAACAGUCCGAAUUCUUCAGGAUAUCUCAGUUUGAUGACAGCUGUCAGCUGGAGAUCUCCAGGGUUUAUCCAGAGGACGAGGGCGAGUAUACCUGCAUGGCCACAAACAAUGGAGGGACGGUGUCCUGCUCUGCAACUCUUACAUUAGACGUGACUCACGUGAGAGAGCAGGCUGAAACCAAGACUGAGCUGGAAGUCAAAGUGCCCCCUGUCUUUAGGCAGAAAAUCACACCUCUGGAGAUAAAUGUCGGCAGUCACACCAAGUUUGAAUGUGAGAUUGAAGAAGCUCCGGACGUGGCGUUCAAAUGGUACAAAUCUGGCACCGAAAUCAGACAGAGUGAAAAGUAUCGGAUCGUCAGCCACCACACUAGUUCCUCUUUAGAGCUCCUGAACCCUGUCAAAGCUGAUAGUGGAGAAUACACCUGCAAAGCUUCAAAUCAACACGGCACAGACAGCUGCACUGCCUCGCUCAUUGUCACCGAGAUGUACCCACCAGUAUUUGUAUCAAAACCAGACCCAAUGACUUUAUAUGUGGGAAAACAAGCUGUGUUCCAGUGCUCACUUACUGGAUCCUCGCCUAUGGAAGUUGUCUGGCACAAGGACAACAUAACAAUUUCCUCUGAAGGGAACUAUGUCAUGAAAUGUGAAAAGAACAAGUAUUCCCUUCACAUUAAAAGUCUUGAACUGACUGAUCAGGGAGUGUACCUGUGCAAGGCUUCCAACAGUGUUGGUGUAGCUACUUUUUCAGUAGAGCUCAAGGUUAUUGACAAGCCCCGGUUUGUUACGGUCAUUGAGCCAGUAUCUGCAGCUGUUAAUGACCCACUGAGGCUGGAGUGCCACGUGAAUGAGGACACUGGUGUGGCUGUCACCUGGACCAGGGAUGGCAAAAAAGUCCACCAGAGUAUGGAGUGUAAACUGUCCUUUGAGGACAAGGUCGCUGUUCUGGAGAUCCCCAAGUCCAAACUAAAGGACUCUGGGAAAUAUGUGUGCACAGCUGCAAACGAGGCUGGCAGCUCCUCCUGUGAGGCUGUGGUAACAGUUCAAGAGCCCCCUGCCUUUGUGAAGAAAAUGGAAUCUAAGCUCACGUGGAAACAGGGCAUAGCUGCACGCUUACAGUGCACAAUCAAAGGAUCGCCUGAACUUCACAUCCACUGGUUCUGGAAUGAAAGAGAGCUGAAUAAUGGAGACAAAUAUAAAAUAUCUUUCAAGAGUGGAGUUGCUACUGUGGAGAUCAUGAACCUUCUGGUCACAGACAGUGGCAGAUACACCUGUGAGGUGUCAAAUAAUGCUGGGAGUGAAAGCUGCAGUACUCUUUUAGCUGUUAAAGAGCCACCGUGCAUUAGAAAAGACCUGCAGACAGUAGAGGCAGUGAAGGGAGCAGCUGCUCACCUGGAGUGCGAGGUCACAGGAACAGCUCCUUUUGAAAUCACUUGGGUAAAAAAUAAGAAACCCAUCACCAGUGAUCAGAAAUAUAAAUUGAUUUCCCAAGACUCAAUAGCAAGGCUGGAGAUUCAAACAUUUGACACUACAGAUAUUGGAGAUUAUCAGUGUGUCAUAUCAAAUGAUGUGGGAAAAGUCACCACUAAGGCUAUGGCUAAACUUAAAGAUCCACCAACUUUCUCAAAAAGGGUUGAGAGUGUUACAGCAGUCUUGGGAAAUACAGUAAAACUACAAGGAAUGAUUAAAGGUUCAACUCCCAUCACUGUGAAAUGGAUGAAAGACUCCAAGAUGCUAAGAGAUGAUGAUCCAAAUAUCAAGAUGGUUUUUGAGAACGGUGUUGUGAGUUUGUCGAUAACAACAGUUGCCAUCAGCCACGGUGGCAAGUAUUCAUGCCAAGCGGAGAACGAGGCUGGGCAACAAAAGUGUGAAGCGAUCUUGACUGUGCAAGAACCUGCCAGGAUUGUAGAACCUGCAGAGUCCAUUAGUGUGACGGCAGGGGACUCAGCCGCAUUGGAGUGCACGGUCUCUGGAAGCCCAGAUCUCAAAGUGAAAUGGUUUAAAGAUGGGAAGGAGAUCAUUAGUGGCCGUAAAUAUAAGAUGACUCUGAAGGAUAAUAUUGCCACCCUGAAAAUUCUUACUGCAGAAAAAGGAGAUACUUCAGAGUAUAAAAUGGAAGUGGCAAAUAAAGUCGGGAAAGACCAGUGCACAUGCUCAGUCACUGUCUUAGAUCGGAUAAUGCCUCCAGCUUUCACCAAGUCGCUGAAAAGAGUUGACGGUAACAUUGAUAAUCCUGUCUCCAUGGAUUGCAAGGUGUCUGGGUCACAGCCCAUGACCGUGACUUGGUUCAAAGACGACCAGGAGAUUGUUUCUGGAGACAAAUUCCAGCCUGAAUUUAAAGACAGCUCUGCUAUACUGAGAAUCAUGUGGCUAGAAAAGGCUGACUCUGGUGUUUACAAAUGCAGAGCCACCAACUCAGCUGGCUUUAAAGAAACCAGUGGCACGCUCUAUGUGAAAGAACCGCCAGCGUUCACAGUGAAACCACACGACCAGGAUGUUAUUCCAGGAACUACAGUUUCCUUAAGAACAGCAUUCACUGGAACAGCUCCUUUAACUGUGAAGUGGUUCAGGGAAGAAAAAGACAUAAUUACAGGAGGCACUUAUUUCAUUAAAAAAGAUGCCUCUUCAAGCUCUUUGGAGCUUCACUCUGUAAAGCCCACUGAUACCUCGAAAUACACGUGCGAAGUAUCCAACGAUGCUGGGAAGGUAGACUGCACGGUAGUCCUCUUUGUGAAAGAACCUCCCGUGUUUGUGAGGAAACCCGAGGCAACCAAGCUCAUCACCAGUGGUGACUCUGCCAGGCUGGAGUGCAAAGUAACUGGCAGCCCAGUCAUCGGUUUCAAAUGGUUCAAGGAUGAAAUGGAGAUCAGUGCCAGUACUAAAUACACAAUGAGCUUGAUUGACUUGAUGGCAACUCUAGAAAUAGCUAAUUGUACAGUAGAGGACACUGGAGAUUAUGUGUGUGUGGCAUCAAGUGAGGCUGGAAGUGACCAUUGCACCUGCACAGUUAUAGUCAAAGAACCGCCAUUGUUUCUGCGUAGCUUGGAGCACAGGGACGUGGUGAAAGGUUCUGAGCUGAUGCUAGAGUGCCAAGUCUCUGGUUCUGCUCCUUUUACUGUGUCAUUUCAUAAAAACUCCAAAUUGAUUCGGAACGACAAAAGACACAGGAUUACUGUGAAAGAUGACCUGCUAGCACUUCAGGUUCUGGUAGUAGAAACAGGAGAUGUUGGUUUGUACCAGUGUAGUGUUGAGAAUGAAGUGGGAAGGGCCUCCUGUGAUUGUCACGUAACGCUAAAAGAACCACCAUCAUUUGUUCGAAAGCUGGAGAACCUCAGCUCACUGGCUGGCAGCGAGGUUUCUCUGAUUUGCAGUCUGAAAGGUUCUGAGCCCAUAACUGUGGCCUGGCUAAAAGACAACCAUGAGCUCAAAGAGGCUGAAAACAUUCAGAUUACAUAUGAGAACAAGACUGCUCUACUGCAGAUCACCAACUUACAGAGCAGUCACUGUGGUAAAUACUCUUGCCAGGUGCAGAAUCAGGCUGGCAGCCAGACAUGCUCUGCUGUGCUGACAGUCAAAGAACCAGCAAAAAUCACAGAAGAGGUAAAGUCUAUCAGUGUGACUCAGGGGGAUCCGGCUACUCUGGAAGCCAGGUUCUCAGGCACAAAACCCCUGAAGGUCAGAUGGCUAAAGGCUGGCAAGGAGCUGACCUCAGGCCAGAGAUAUAAAGUACAGAGCAAAGAUACCAGUUCUGUGUUGAAGAUUAUUAAAACUCAGAAAAGUGAUGGUGGUGAAUAUGUCUUUGAGGUUUCAAACGAUGUUGGACAAAGUUCGUGUGAUGCCACACUCACCAUUCUCGAUCAAAUAAUUCCUCCGUCUUUUACAAGAAAACUGAAACAGACAGAGGGUGUCAAAGGAUCAUUUGCGCAUCUGGAGUGUCUCGUGUCUGGUUCUCUUCCAAUAACCAUACAGUGGUACAAAGAUGAGAAAGAGAUCCAGACCGAUGACAAACACAAAUGCACAUUCUUUGAAAAUGUUCCGUUUCUAGAAAUCUCCAAUCUUGACACUAAAGACAGUGGCAAUUAUACCUGCAUUGCUACAAAUAAAGCAGGAACGGUCCAGUGCUCUGGAGUCUUAUUUGUGAAAGAAUCACCGUGCAUUCUUGAAAAACCUGAAUCCAUAAAUGUUUUGCCUGGCUCAAAAGUCCAAUUUAGUGUACUGUUCUCUGGCACACCACCACUCACCACCAAAUGGUUUAAAAGCAGUAAAGAGAUCCUGUCCAGUGCUGACUGGUCAGUGAUCAAAGAUAACACCUCGAGCACACUGGAACUCUUCUUCGCAAAAACCACAGAUUCUGGAGACUAUGUCUGCCAAAUACAGAACGAUGUUGGCUCCGCUUCAUGCCAAGCAACACUCUUUGUCAAAGUGCCUCCAAAGUUUACACAGAUCCCAGCCCGUGUGUCUGUAGUUUGUCCUGGUCAGAGUAAGGUUUUUGAGUGCCAGGUGACCGGCACACCUGAGAUUGACAUCUACUGGUUCAAAGAAGGCUCUGAAAUCAGCCCCACUGAUCACUAUAAGAUGGCCUUUGUCAACUCUGUGGCAACACUGGAAGUCUGUGGGGCUGAAGUUAAACAUAGUGGGCUUUACUACUGCGAAGCUCGUAAUGAAGCUGGCAGUGAGAGCUGCAGCAUGGAGUUGAAGGUCAAAGAACCGCCAUCAUUUAUUAGAGAACUGGCUCGAGCUGAUGUUGUGAAGGGCUCCACUGCCAUGUUAGAGUGUCAAGUUGCUGGGACGGGUCCCUUUGAGAUAACAUGGCACAAAGAUGGAAAGGAGCUCAAACCCAGUGCUAAACAUGCCUUCUCUCAGUUAAAUGACACUGUGUGUCUUGAAGUGCACAAAUGUGAUGCUGUAGAUAUUGGUGAAUAUCAAUGCACCGUUGCUAACGAGGUGGAAAGCUGUACUUGUAAGACUACACUAAGCCUCAAAGAACCACCAACAUUCAUCAAGACAAUUGAGAACACUGCUACUGUUCUGGGUAAAAUGGCAGAGUUUCAGUGCAUUGUGAAAGGCUCUCCCAUCACCUCUGUACAGUGGAAAAAAGAUGAGAAUUGGAUAUUGGAGGAUCCAAAGAUUCAGAGAACAUUUGAAAGCAAUGUGGCUACACUCCGGAUCCCUGCCUGUGAGGCGAUACACAGUGGCAAAUACACCUGCCAGGUGGUAAAUGAGGCUGGGCAGGAUAAGUGUUUUGCCGCCCUCACAGUGCAAGUGCCUCCGCAGAUCACAGAGAAACCUGAGGUGGUAAAGGUUACAGUUGGAGAUCCAGUCAGUCUGGACUGUAAGGUUACAGGCUCCCCUGAACUCAGGGUGAAAUGGAUGAAAGAUGGCAGGGAGCUCAAGUCCAUCAGGCAGCACAAGCUGAUCUUUGAGAACAAUAUCAGCAGCUUAAAGAUUCAGGCUGCGCAGACAGAGGAUGAAGGAGAGUAUGUCUUUGAGGUGGUAAACUACAUCAGUAGCUGUACCUGCAAAGUCAAGCUAAUUGUAUUAGAGCAAGUAAUUGCCCCAAGCUUCAUCAAACCCCUGGUAGACAUGCACGAGAUAUUGGGGUCCUUUGUUCAGAUAUGUUGCAAAAUAUCUGGUUCUCUCCCCAUCUCUGUGGAAUGGAAGAAAGAUGGAACCAAAAUCUCUAGUGGUCUAAAGCACAAGCUCAUUCAGCAGGACAACUCUGUGUCCAUUGAAAUUGAACAGCUAGAGAGAGCUGACGCAGGGUUAUACUCUUGCAAACUGACUAACGCAGCAGGAAGCUGUGAAUGCAGUGGGUCCAUCGUGGUCAAAGAACCUCCAAGCUUUGUGACAGUGCCCGAGUCGCAGACAGCUCUACCCAAAGCCACUGCACGCUUCAAAGGCACUUUUAAGGGAACUCCUCCCUUCACAGUCAAAUGGUUUAAGGACGACACAGAGCUUAUGACUGGGCCUACUUGUUUAAUAGGGCUUGAUGGGCUGUCCUGUUUCUUAGAGCUCUAUUCAGUGGGCGUCACACAGAGUGGAGUCUACUCUUGCCAAGUCAGCAAUGAUGCUGGCUCCGUACACUGUAGUGCAAACCUGACAGUAAAAGAACCACCUGAAUUUCUACUGAAACUCCCUGCCAAUAAGUUUUUGAAGCAGGGUGAGUCACUCCGCCUGGAGUGCAAAGUCAGUGGCACAGUCCCUCUGAAAAUUACCUGGUUCAAAAACGACACCAAAGUUACAGACGGUGGCAACUACAGGACGUCGUUUGUUGACUCAGUAGCAGUGCUAGAACUGGUCUCCACUAGUUUUGAGGAUGAUGGAGUUUACACCUGUGAGGCUCAGAAUGAUGCUGGCAGUGUGAGCUGCAGCACUACACUUACCAUUAAAGACCCCCCAUCUUUUGUCAAAAUACCCCAGCCUGUUGAAGGGCUGAAGGGUAAGGACGUAAGUUUGUACUGCGAGAUCAGUGGUACAGCUCCAUUCCAGAUCACCUGGUUUAAAGACAGAAAACCUCUCAUGGAGAGCAGGAAGUUUAAGCUGGUGAGCGAGGGCAGCUCAGCCACACUGCAUGUCAUUGGAAUAGAGCCCUCAGACGCCGGCGAAUACGAGUGCAAAGUGUCAAACAGUGUAGGAAGCGAUACCUGCCAGACAUCAAUUAAACUCAGAGAGCCACCAUCAUUUGUGAAGAGACUGUCAAACAUUACAGUGAUACUGGGAGGGGAGGUGACCCUUGUGGCCACUGUUAAAGGCUCUGAACCCAUUACUGUGUCCUGGGUUCAAGACAAGGAUCACAUUCUCAGGGACAGUGACAACAGGAAAAUCACCUAUGAAAACAACCAGGUGGCAGUUAAAAUCUUUAACGCUGAUGCAACUACGGCAGGCAAAUAUACCUGCCAACUCAGAAACGAUGCUGGGAGUGUGGAGUGUUUCGCUAACUUGACUGUUCUAGAGCCUGCUAAAAUAGUGGACAAGCCGGAUGCUCUGAGUGUGACGGCAGGUGAUAUGGCUGCCCUGGAGGUCAAAGUGUGUGGAACCCCAGAGCUCAUACCCAAGUGGUUCAAAGAUGGUGCUGAGCUGGCUUCUGGGAGAAAAUACAAAAUCUCAUUUUCCCGGAUGAUUUCGAGCCUGAAUGUGCUGUCUGCUGAGAAAGUUGACUCUGGAGAAUACACAUUUGAGAUUAUGAAUGAAGUUGGGAAGGACCUGAGUAAAAUCAAUCUCACUGUUUUAGAUAAGACGAUUCCUCCAACAUUCUCACGGAAACUGAAAGACUGUACCACUGUUGUUGGAAAACCUUUAGAAAUAGAGUGCAAAGUGUCAGGCUCAUCUCCUUUUACCAUUUCAUGGUACCACAAUGACGAGGAGAUAAAGAGUGGGCCAAAUUAUGAGAUUUCAUUCAGUGACAACAACUGUACACUAAGGGUGCUCACGCUGAAGCUGGCUGACUCUGGAGCAUACAAAUGUAAGGCUGUCAACAAGGCGGGAACCACAGAAACUACAGCCUUCCUGGUUGUUCGAGAACCUCCAACGUUUGUGGUGCCACCGCAGCCAGUGGAGGCCAUGCCAGGCUCUAAUGUGAUGUUCUCAGCCAUGGUGAAAGGCAGCGCCCCUCUCAAACUCAAGUGGUUCAGAGGGACGAAAGAGAUCGUAGCUGGACAUGGCUACGAUUUCUCCCUGGAUGAUAACAAAGUUCUGUUAGAGCUUUACAACGUGGACAAAUCUCAUGCUGGAGAGUACACCUGUCAGAUCAUUAAUGACGCAGGAAAAGAAAGCUAUCCAGUGAAUCUCACUGUCAAAGAGCCAGCAACUUUCUCAAAGAAGCUGAAGGACAUAUCAGUUGAGAAGGGCAAACCAUUAACCCUGGAGUGUACAUACACGGGCACUCCCAUGAUCACUGUGAGCUGGUACAAAGAUGGCCAGCAGAUCUUUGCUUCAUACAAAUACAACAUUACCACAACAGAAAGCUCCUGUAUCUUAGAGUGUCUGAGCACUGAUGACAAGGAGGCUGCAGGAAAAUACUGCUGCCAAGUGUGCAACGAUGCUGGGAAAGACACGUGUGAGGCAGUGGUUUCUAUCCUCGAGCCACCAUAUUUUACUGAGUCACUGGAGCCCAUGGAGGUGACAGCUGGAGAUGCUGUCUGUCUGAAAUGUCAGGUUGCAGGCACACCUGAGAUCAAGGUGUCCUGGUUCAAGGCUGAUGGCAAAGUCAGGUCUAGCCCCACCUGCAAGCUGGAGUACACAAAGGGUGUUGCCUGUUUGAAGCUAAGUAAAGCCACCAAGUCCGAUAUCGGAGAGUACACCUGCAAGGCAGAGAACAGGAUUGGCUCUGCUUCCUCCAGCUGCAGACUCAAUGUGCAAGAAGCUAAAACGCCACCAUCAUUCCCAAAGAAGAUCACCAGCCUGCAGCAAACUGAGGGCCAGCCAGUGCGCUUUGAGUGCCGCGUGGCUGGCUCAUUGCCCAUCGAGGUGUCCUGGCUGAAAGACGGCAAACCUCUGAGUCAGGGGGAGGAGUUUUCCAUGCUGUACGAUGAUAACACAGCUGUUCUGCAGAUCAACAACAGUGAGAUGAGGCACUCUGGGGAGUACACUUGCGUGGCCACCAACAGUGUGGGCUCAGCUUCAUGCAGAGCCAAGCUCACUCUGCAAGAACCCAGAUACCCUCCGGUAUUUGACAGGAAAUUGUCACUACAGGAGGUGACAGUGGGUGACAGCAUUGAGCUGGAAUGUCACAUGACUGGUUCUACCCCCAUUAAAGUCACUUGGUCCAAAGACCACAAAGAUAUUCGCUCUGGGGGGAAUUAUAAGAUUAGCUGUGUGGAUAAUACACCUCACCUGACCAUUCUGAAGGCAGAUAAAUCAGAUACAGGGAGGUACUUCUGCCACGCCUCUAAUGACAUGGGGAAGGACUCUUGUUCCUCUGAUAUCACUGUCAAAGAGCGCAAAAAUCCUCCAGUGUUCACCAAAAAGCCCUCAGAGCACAUCGAGGACAUGGAGGGCAAACUGGUGAAGAUUGAGGGCCGAGUCUCCGGGUCGCAGCCCAUUUCAGUCAGCUGGUUCAAAGAUGACAUGGAGAUACAGAGUUCUGACAAGUAUGACAUCAGCUUUAAGAGUAAUGUGGCAGUGCUGUGCAUUAAAAACAGCCAAGUGAUUGACAGCGGAAGGUACUCGUGCCAGGCCUCUAAUGAAGCUGGGAAAGCCUCCUGUGAUGUCACUGUUGGCAUCUCAGAGGCCAAGAAGCCCCCAGUGUUUGACGUACCUCUCAAACCAGCAACUGUGGAUGACGGCGAAAAGCUAAUUCUCAGGUGCCAUGUCUGUGGAUCUUCCCCUCUGAAGAUCCAGUGGAUGAAGGACAGGAAGGAGUUGACACCAUCCAGCAGCACUAGAAUCAGCUUUUCUGAUGGCACAGCAUGUCUGGAGAUCAGCACAGUCUCUAAACUCAAUGCUGGUGACUACCUCUGCAAGGCUACCAAUGAGGCUGGCAGCGAAUUCUGCAAAGCCAAAGUCACUGUCAAAGAGAAACCUGGAGCAGCUCUGUCUCCUGCUGAAGCUCCAGCAGCUUCUCCAUCCAAAAAACUGGACAAUCUGUUCUUCAUUGAAGAGCCUAAAACUGCACACGUUACCGAGAAGGGAACCGCCACCUUCAUCGCAAAGGUGGGUGGUGACCCCAUUCCCAGUGUGAAGUGGAUGAAAGGGAAGUGGAGGCAAGUGACCCAUGGUGGCCGGAUCUCCAUUGAACAGAAGGGCCAAGAGGCCAAACUGGAGAUCAAAGAAGUGACGAAAUCGGACUCUGGUCAGUACAGGUGUGUCGCCUCCAACAAACAUGGCGAGAUCGAGUGCAGUACUGACAUGCACGUAGAGGAAAAGAAGGACGUAGUGAUGCUUGAGGGAGACCUCCGCGCUAAACUGAAGAAAACUCCAUCAAAGCAAAAGAGCCCACAGGAGGAAAAAGACAUUGACAUAGUUGAGCUGUUGAGAAACGUGGACCCGAAAGAGUAUGAGAAAUACGCCCGGAUGUACGGUAUCACUGACUACCGAGGUCUACUGCAUGCAAUUGAGCAGCUCAAAAAAGAGAGAGCUGAAGAAAGUGGAAGACAAGAGGUAGACCGUGGAGACAGAGAGUCUGAUGAGGACAUGGCCAGGCUGGUGGCUGACCUGCAGAAGAGGAUGGAACGGACUGAGCCUGUCACUGUGGUGAAGGACAUUUCCAAUCAAUCUGUCUUCAUUAAUGAAGAAGCAGUGUUCGAGUGUGAGAUCAAGAUCAACUACCUAGAGAUCACGCUGUCCUGGUACAAAGGCACACAGAAACUUGAUACUAGCGACAAGUACAAUAUCACCAUCAGCGGCGACCGCCAUCUGCUCAGGAUCAAGAACUGCCAGUCAUCUGACCAGGGCAACUACAGGGUGGUGUGCGGGCCCCACAUAUCCAGUGCCAAGCUCAGUGUCAUGGAGGUGGAGGUUGAGAAACAUCUACAGGACACAAUGGGUAAGGAAGGCCAGUCAUGUACUAUGUCUUGUCAGAUGUCCAUCCCUAAUGUAGAGGCUCAGUGGUUUAAAAAUGGAAAGCAGUUAGAAAUGAAGGACAGGUACACAUCUGAGGUGAAACACAAGGUUCAGAAGCUACUGAUCAGAGACCUGAAGCCUGAAGACCAAGGAAGAUACACCUGCAAGUACCAACAGCUGGAGUCUUCAGCAGACCUCUGGGUGGAAGCUGAACAAAUUCAUUUCACCAAACGCAUCCACAACAUCGAAGUCAAUGAGCGACAGUCAGCCACCUUUGAGUGUGAAGUGUCCUUUGACAAUGCCAUUGUUUCAUGGUACAAAGACACCUGGGAACUGAAAGAGAGCCCUAAGUACAACUUCAGAAGCGAGGGCCGAAGACAUUUCAUGGUCAUUCAAAACGUGACCGUUGAAGACGAAGGCGUGUACUCAGUAAUUGUGAGGUUGGAACCCAGGGGAGAGGCUAAGAGCACAGCUGAGCUUUAUUUGUCUGGCAAAGAAAUUGAAUUAGCAAUGGUCCCCAUUGAUAUGCCAGAUUCCUCUGUUCAGAGGCCUGAAGUGCCUACGUCAGUUGCAAUUCAAGAAUCUUAUGAAUUCUAUCAUUAUGAAGAAGAGAUUGAAGCAGUUGUAAGAGUUGCCAUUGAGGAGACAAUGGAGACCAAACAAGUUCAAAUGAGAGAGGAAAUCCCAACAAAAGUUGAGGAAAGGCCUGAAGAGAAACCAACACCAGCAUCACCACAGAGAGAGCCUGAAGCCAGAAAGCAAGUGGAGGAAAAGAUUGCUGUGGUUUCAGUCCCAGAAAAGGAUGUUCCUGUUCCCAGAGAAACAGAGGAAGUUAAAAGGCCGACUGCUUCCCCACCUCCACCUACUGAGAAGCCUGGAGUGCCAAAGAAAGAUGAACCCAAGCCUCAGGUGCCAGCAGACUCCAAAGUAGUGGCCCCUGAAGCUAAGCCUGAAGCUGAGCCCAAGCCCAAACCCAAAGCAGAACCAGAAGCAAAGCCAGUGCCUACACCCAAAGCGGAACCAGAAGCAAAGCCAGUGCCUACACCCAAAGCAGAACCCAAGGUUAAACCUGAACAAAUCCCCGAGCAGGAGCCUGAAGCUAAACCAGUACCAGUAAAGAAAAUGGUGACGCCACCAUCCAAAGUCCCUGAAGAAGCUGCAAAACCAGAUCCAUCAAAGACCAGGCGCAAGCCAGCUGAAACCAGGCUAGAACCAGACAAACCUAAACCAGAAGCUCAUAAACCCGAGCCUUCUCUAACAAAACCAGAACCAAAAGAACCUGCAGUGGUUCCCAAGCCUGAACCUGUGGUGAAAAAAUCAGCAGAAAUAACAGCACCAAAGCCUGUGGUGCCAAAACCGGAACCCCCAGUGACCAAACCAGAACCAACUCCUGCACCAAAGGAACCUGCAAAAAAAGCAUCAGAAGAACCAGCAAAGAAGGAGGUUUCAGCUCCAAUCCAACCACCCCAACCUUCACUUGCACAACCAGAAAAGUUUGAGACAGAGGAGCAAGCGCCACAGAAGAAACCUGUGGCAGUUAAAGUUCCUGUGGAGGAAAAAAUAACUGAGCUUCCAAAAGCAGCCAAGAAAGCAGAGCCUGCUGUCGUUCCACCAAAGGAAGAACCAACAAGGAAAGAGAAAGCUUUGAAGCUCGAACCUAAACCUGUACCUGAAAAAAGCUAUCAGAAGGUGUUUGAUGAGGUUGCUGUGUUGGAGCCUGAACCUGUGAAGCUUCCUGAGAAAAUAUCUGAAUCAGUACCCGAGAGACGCUUGGAGAAAGUGCUGAAACCCGAGAAAGCCAUGAAGGAAAUUCCAAAGCUGGAGCCAGAAAAAUUACCUGAGAAAGUACCAGAAAAACCACGUGAGGAAAAAGUCCCAGAGGAGGCUCUUCCUAAGAGGAAGCCUGUAAAGGUUCCUCAGAAGGUGGUUGAAGAAGCUUUGAUUACUGAGAAGCAGACAUCUGUAAGCACUGAGGAAAUCAAAGUUGAGCUCAUUUCAAAGAAGCAAACAGAGAAGAUCUCUGUAGAGAAAACAGUUCACGUAAAGGCCCCUGAUGCAAUACCUGAUAUUGUAUCUAAGGCCAAGCCUAAACAAGAGGUAGAAGAAAUUCUUCCUAAAGAAACCGAAGCUAAGAAGACUGAGAGGAUUCUGCACACAGAGAUUGAAGAGGAUAUAAAAAUUUAUGCUACUAAAAAAGUACUUGUAAAGGAGAAGGAGUUGGUGCCAGAAAUCAAAGAAUCACUGGUAAAGCCAGCUGCUCCACAAAAAGUGAGCAAACCACAAGCUGCUGUUAAAGAUCAAGAAGCUGCCAAAAAGCCUGAAGUCACUGAUAAUGCCAAGUUGAAAAAGACAAUUACUCCACCAGAAGAAAAGCCAGUGGUCGUGACAAAGCCCGUUAUGGCGGCUGAAGAACCAACUAAGAUGAUUGCAGAGGAGGAAAAACCACUAACAAAAAAGAUAUCACCUGGAACAGAUGAAUCCAAGGGGCCAGUCCAAGCACCAGGAGGAGUCAAGAAAGAGGGACAACCAACAGAGGAAGCAGGAAGAGGUAGAGGUAGAGGGCUGAAACCUAAGCAGACCCCAUCUCCUGGAGAGGGCAGGGGUCGGGGGCUGAGGCCUGGUGGGAAAGGACCACCACCACCAGAGGAACCUUUUGCAGGGUUCAAGCUCAAAGCUGUCCCGCUGAAGUUUAUCAAAAAGCUUCAGAACAUUGUUCUGCAGGAAGCCGAGUCUAUCGGCUCAUCUGCUGUCUUUGAAUGUGAGGUCUCACCUUCCACUGCUGUUACUUCUUGGAUGAAAGAUGAUAGCAAUCUCCGUGAGAGCCCCAAGCACAAGUUCACUUCGGAUGGCAAAGAUCGCAAAUUGAACAUCAUUGAUGUCCAGCUGUCUGACACUGGGGAAUAUACGUGCGUGGCCAAGAACGCUGGCAAAGAGAUAUCUUGCACCGCCAAGCUUAUCGUUGAAGAGCUACCUGUGAAAUGGAUCAAAGAACUGGGAGAGGAGACAUCAGCAAUCAAGGGUCAGCCUCUGUAUAUGACCUGCGAGCUGAACAAAGAGAGGGAUGUGAUAUGGAAGAAGAAUGGUGAGGUCCUCAAGAAAAAGGAGGGCAAGAUUCAGAUCAAUAUCAUUGGUAUGCAGCACGCGGUGACCAUCCAGAACUCCACGGAGGAGGACGCCGGUGUUUUCUCAUGUGAAGUGGCUGGACAGGAAGACGUUAAGACUACAACAAACGUCAAAGUGAUUGAAAUUGUCAAAGACUGGAUAGUGAAACCACUGAGAGAUCAGCAUGUAAAACCAAAGGCUGCUGCAACAUUUAAAUGCGAGCUUUUCAAGGAAACUCCCAACUGGAAGUGGCUCAAAGGAGAGAAUGAAGUCCAGCCAUCUGACAAGAUUGAGAUCAAGAAGGAAGGAAAGGAGCUGACGCUCGUCAUUAAGAACUGCCAGCCUGAUGACGUAGCAGAAUAUGCGCUGGAGGUGGAAGGACGCAUCUACACUGCCAAGCUAACACUUGGAGAGCGGGAGGCUGAGAUCCUAAAGCCUUUGGUCAGCGUCGAGGUGGUUGAGAAGGAAGAUGCCAUGUUUGAGACUGAGAUUUCUGAGGACGACAUUCCUGGGGAAUGGAAGCUCAAAGGAGAGGUUUUGACCAGAUCCCCGACAUGCGACAUCCAAAUGGAGGGUACAGUGCGUAGACUCAAGCUAAAAAACUGCCAGCUGGACCAGGCGGGAGAAGUGACCUACACGGCUCUGAACGCCAUAACCAGCGCCAUGCUUAAUGUCAAAGAACGUGACAUCAAGGUCGUCCGCCCACUGUACAGCGUGGAAGUUACAGAGACCGAGACGGCGAAGUUUGAGACAGAGAUUUCUGAGGAGGACCUUCAUGCCACCUGGAAACUGAAGGGCGAGACACUUCAUCCGUCUGCUAAUGUGGAGAUCAAGGAGGAAGGAACCCGGCACUUAUUGAUCCUCUAUAACUGCAAAAUGGACAUGGCUGGAAGUGUUGACUUUGCAGCAGCGAAUGCCAAAUCCUCAGCUCAGCUCAGGGUCAAAGCCCGAGUGAUUGGCCUCCAGAGGCCUCUGAAGGAUGUCACCGUGACUGCUGGGGAGACUGCCACCUUUGAGUGCGAGCUGUCAUACGAAGGCAUCGCUGUCGAGUGGUUCCUGGGGGGUACAAAGCUGGAGCCAAGCGAUAGAGUGGUGUUGAAGGCGGAGGGUAAAGUCCACACCCUGACUCUACGCAAUGUCGAGCAAAACGAAGCCGGACAAAUCAAACUCGCAGCCAAAGACUUCCAGACUGAGGCCAGUCUUACUGUCAAAGAACCACCAGUGGAGUUCACUAAGCCUCUGGAGGACCAGACAGUGGAAGAGGAGGCCACGGCCACACUCGAAUGUGAAGUUUCCAGGGAAAAUGCAGAAGUGCGAUGGUUCAGGGAUGGACAGGAGAUCCGCAAGACAAAGAAAUAUGAGAUGAUCGUUGACGGCUGCAAGCGAGCGCUGGUCAUCCACGACUGCACUUUGGACGACUCAAAAACAUAUGCUUGUGAUGCUAAAGACUUCAAAACCUCAUGCUUCCUCAAUGUUGAACCUCCACACAUUGAGUUCUCAAAGCCACUCCACGACGUCGAGGUUGUAGAGAAGGAAUCAGCCAGGUUUGAAUGUGAAGUGUCCAGAGAAGACGUCAAAGUCCGCUGGUUUAAGGACGGAAAUGAAAUCAGAAAGGGAAAGAAAUACGAAAUUAUUGCACAAGGUCGCCAGCACAUCCUCAUCAUCCACAAGUCUGUGUUUGACGAUGAGGCUGAAUACGAAUGUGAUGCAAAGACCUCAAAGUCCUCUGGCAUGCUCACUGUCGUUGAGGAGGAGACAAGGUUCACCAAGAACCUGUUCAAUGUGGAGGGAACUGAGACUGACAGUGUAAAACUUAUUUGUGAAGUCUCCAAACCCAGCGCAGACGUUAUCUGGUACAAAGGAGACACGGAGCUGCCAGAGGGUGGCCGCUAUGAGCAAAUUGUAGAUGGGAAGAGAAGGAUACUCCUGAUCAAGGAUCUGAACAUGUCUGAUGCUGGAGAGUACAACUGCAGGCUAAGUUCCAGCAACAAAACUUCAGGAAACCUCAAGAUUAAUGAAUUAGCUGCUGAAUUCAUCUCAAGGCCACAAAGCCUAGAAGUGGUGGAAGGAGAGAAGGCAGCGUUCACGUGCUCCGUAUCCAAGGAGACCUAUGAAGUCAAAUGGAUGAAGGAUGACGUGGAGCUCGAGGCCGGAGAGAAAUACCAGAUAGUCACCGAUGGCAAGAAACGAAUCCUUGAAAUCAAGGACUGUGAACUUAAAGAUGAGGGUGGAUACAUAGUUAUGAUUGGACCAACUAGAGCCAGCGCCGACCUUACUGUGCUCGAGAGACUGAAAAUCAUCACUCCUCUAAAAGACACAGAGGGCAAAGAAGGUCAGGAGGUCGUCCUGAACUGUGAGGUCAACACAGAGGGAGCAAAGGCCAAGUGGCUGAAGAACGACGACACCAUAUUUGAGAGCAGCAAGUACGUAAUAACCCAGAGAGACAAUGUCUUCUCCCUGAGAAUCAAAGAUGUCCAGAAGGGAGACGAAUCCAACUACAGCAUCAACUUGACCAAUCAGAGAGGAGAGCAUGCCAAGAGCAACUGCAGCCUGACCAUCAGGGAGGAGAGUCUAAGAAUAGUGGUUCCCCCGGAGGACAUUGACACUCAGGAGAAGAAGACCAUCAGCUUCUCUUGUAAGGUCAACAGGCCCAAUGCUACUCUGAAGUGGAUGAAGGCCGGUGAGGAGAUUACCCUCAGCAAACGCAUUGUCUACAGAGUUGACAAAGACAAGCAUACUCUUACCAUCAAAGACUGCACCCUGGCCGAUGAGGGUGAAUACACAGCUGUAGCCGGAGAUGACAAAGCCACAGCAGAGCUCAUCAUCAGCGAGGCACCGACGGAUUUCAACGUGCACCUAAAAGACCAAACAAUCACCGAGUUCGAGGACGCAGAAUUUACAUGCAAGUUGACCAAAGAGAAAGCUGAAGUCAAGUGGUACAGAAAUGGCCGAGAGAUCAGAGAAGGACCCAGAUACAUAUUUGAACGAGAUGGAAAGAUUUGCACUUUGCGCAUCAAGGAAUGCAGACCUGAUGAUGAAUGCGAAUAUGCCUGUGGUGUGGAGGAGAAGAAAUCCAGGGCCAGGCUUUUUGUUGAAGAGACCCCAGUGGAAAUCAUCAGACCCCCGCAGAACGUGUUUGAACCUCCAGGCUCGGACGUUGUAUUUGAGGUGGAGCUCAACAAAGACAGAGUGGAGGUGAAGUGGUUGAGGAACAAUAUGACCGUUGUCCAGGGAGACAAAUACCAGAUGAUGAGCGAGGGUAAAGUCCACAGAUUGCAGGUCUGUGAGAUCAGACCUCGGGACCAGGGAGAGUACAGAGUCAUUGCCAAGGAUAAAGAUGCAAAGGCCAGGCUGGAACUGGCAGCUGUGCCUCAGAUAAAGACCACUGACCAGAACUACGUCACAGAUGUUGGAAAGCCUGUUAUCAUGGUCGUCCCCUACAGUGCCUAUCCACAAGCUGAAGCUGACUGGCUGUACAACAACCUGAGUCUGCAAAAAGACAACAUCUACACCUCAGCUGAGCACACAGAGUACCGAUUAAAGAACCCCAAGAAGGUCGACGAGGGCUCCUACAAGAUCAUCAUCAAAAACAAACAUGGAGCGGGAGAAGCUUUCAUCAACCUGAAUGUCAUUGAUGUCCCAGGACCUGUGAAGAACCUCCAGGUGACUGACACUGCAGAUGGUGAGAUCAGCCUCGCAUGGGAGGAGCCUGAGAGCGAUGGCGGCAGUAAAGUCAUCGGCUACAUAGUGGAGAGACGUGAUGAGAAACGUAAGACCUGGACACUGGCCACCGACCAUGCCGAAAGUCCUGAGUACACAGUGACCGGCCUCCAGAAGGAGUCCAAGUACCUAUUCAGAGUCUGUGCCCGAAACCGGGUUGGCAGCGGACCCACUGUGGAGACUGACGAAGCUGUGCAAGCUAAGAACAAGUUUGAUGUUCCUGAAGCUCCUCUGAAUGUGAUCGUGGGAAACGUCACCAAGUUUGGCUGCACUCUGUCUUGGGAGCCUCCCACAUCAGAUGGAGGCUCUCCCAUUACCUCUUAUAUCAUUGAGCUCCGCGACAGGACGUCAGUGAAGUGGUCUCCUGUCCUGGUGGCCAAACCUGAUGACCUCAGUGCCAUCAUUAAUGAUGUCAUUGAGAAUAAAGAGUACAUUUUUAGAGUGAAAGCUGAGAACAGAGCCGGUGUCGGCAAACCCAGUGCUGCCUCACAGCCCGUCAAAAUCAUGGAUCCAAUCGAGCGUCCCAGCCCCCCUCUGAACCUGUCCUGGGAGGACCAGAACAAGAGCUCAGUGCAGCUCACCUGGGAGACUCCACUGAAGAACGGAGGCAGCAUGAUCACCGGAUACAUCAUUGAACGCUGUGAGGACGGUUCUGACAAGUGGCUCCGCUGCAACGCCCGUCUCUGCCCUGACCUCUUCUACAAGGUGUCAGGUCUGAAAUAUGGGACUAAGUACAACUACAGAGUGUUUGCUGAAAACGCUGCCGGAGUCUCUGAGCCUUCAAACAUCAUCGGACCUCUGCUAGCUGACGACCCACAUGUUGGUCCAAGCUUUGACCUGAGUGCUUUUAAAGAUGGCCUGGAAGUGAUUGUUCCCCAGCCUCUCACCAUCAGAGUCCCCAUAACUGGAUAUCCAAUACCUGUUGCUAAGUGGACCUUCGGAGAGAAGGAGCUAUCCAGCGUGCAUGAUGAGCGGGUUUUCCUCAUGACAAAGUCAACAUUUACAGAACUAAUGGUCACUCCGAGUGUCCGUCCAGACAAAGGCAUCUACACGCUACAUCUGGAGAAUGAUGUCACAUCGGUCUCUGGAGAGAUUGAAGUCAAUGUUAUUGCUGCACCCAGUGCUCCAAAGGACUUCAAGGUCCUUGAGGUGACUCGGCAGCAUGUCCACCUGAGCUGGGAGGCUCCAGAGCAUGAUGGAGGAAGUCCUCUGAUUGGCUACCAGGUGGAGAAACGAGACGUGUCCCGCAAGACCUGGGUCAAGGUGACCACAGGGAUCCAGGAUCUGGAGUUCACCGUUACUGACGUGGUUGAAGGGAAGGAGUAUUUGUUCAGAGUCACCGCCUGCAACAAAUGUGGACCGGGAGAGCCAGCGUAUAUUGACGAGCCAGUUAACGUCUCCUCUCCUGCAACUGUCCCCGACCCUCCAGAAAACCUGAGGUGGAGGGACAAGUCAGCCAGUGGCAUCUUCCUGACCUGGGAGCCGCCAAAGUAUGAUGGCGGAAGCGGCAUCCGGGGCUACAAUGUUGAACGCUGUCAGAGAGGAACGGAUAAGUGGGAGCCCUGUGGGGACUUGGUACCUGAGCUGAAGUGCCAGGUGACGAAUCUUAUUGAGGGUCAGUGGUACUCUUACAGAAUCAGAGCCCUGAACCGACUUGGAGCCAGCCGGCCCUGCAAAGCCACUGAUGAGAUCCAGGCUGUUGAUCCUAAAGAGCCUCCAGAGAUCCAGCUGGAUGCCAAGCUUCUGGCUGGUCUGACUGCUAAGGCUGGCAGCAAGAUUGAACUUCCUGCUGAUGUGACAGGUAAGCCUGAGCCACGAGUCAAGUGGACCAAAGCCGACCUGGUCCUCAAACCAGACGACAGGGUGUCCAUCGACACCAAGCCAGGACACUCCAUGGUUACCAUCGCCAAGACAAAGAGAGAUGACAGUUCCACUUAUAUCAUCGAAGCCACCAACAGCAGCGGUCGUGCCACUGCCACUGUGGAUGUCAACAUCCUUGAUAAGCCUGGUCCCCCUGCUGCUUUUGACAUUUCUGAAAUCACCAAUGAGUCCUGCUUUCUGGCUUGGAACCCUCCACGUGAUGAUGGUGGCUCCAAAGUUACCAACUAUAUUGUUGAACGGCGAGCUGCUGAUAGUGAGAUCUGGCACAGACUGUCCUCCACUGUGAAGCUGACCACAUACAAAGCUACCAGUCUGAUCAAGUUCAAAGACUAUAUCUUCAGAGUAUUUGCUGAAAACCAGUUUGGUGUUGGUCCAGCUGCUGAACACCCAUCAAUCACUGCUAAAUACCCCUUUGAUACUCCCGGGGCUCCUUACAAGCUGGAGGCUUCAGAUAUUGCAAAGGACUCUCUGAAUCUGAACUGGUAUGAGCCCGAUGAGGAUGGAGGAAGCCCAAUUACUGGAUACUGGGUGGAGAGAUACGAAGCUGACCAUGACAAGUGGAUAAGAUGCAACAAGCUGCCAGUCAAAGACACAAACUACAGGGUCAAAGGUCUUCCAACCAGGAAGAAGUAUAAGUUCCGAGUCCUUGCUGAGAAUCUGGCCGGAACUGGGAAACCCAGCAAGGAGACAGAUCCAAUCCUUGUUAAAGAUCCUAUUGACCCUCCAUGGCCCCCUGGCAAACCCACAGUGAAGGACGUAGCUAAGACGUCAUGCUUCCUAAUGUGGACCAAACCAGAGCAUGAUGGCGGAGCAAAGAUUGAUAGCUAUGUCAUUGAGAUGCUAAAGACCGGCACCACGGACUGGAUCCGUGUGGCAGAGAACAUCCCCAUGCUGGAAUAUUUCCUAAAGGGCCUGAUGGAGAAGCAGGAGUACUCGUUCAGAGUGCGAGCUGUUAACGUGGCUGGAGAGAGCGAACCCAGUGAACCCAGUGACCCAGUGCUCUGCAAAGAGAGACUCAACCCUCCCUCAGCUCCACGCUGGUUAGAGGUUGUCAACAUCAGCAGGAACAGUGCUGAGCUGAAAUGGGCGGUUCCUGAGCGCAAUGGAGGUUCAGCCAUCACCAACUACAUUGUGGAGAAACGUGAUGUGAGGCGUAAAGGUUGGCAGACUGUGGACACCACAGUCAAAGAGCUGAAGUGCGACGUGAAACCGCUCAAUGAAGGGUCGCUUUAUGUGUUCCGUGUUGCUGCUGAGAACGCUGUGGGUGUCGGACCCUUCUGUGAGAUGGAGGACUCUGUGCUGGCAAAAGACACUUUCAGUACUCCUGGCCCACCCUACGCUCUCGCUGUCAGUGCUGUGACCAAAAGAUAUGUGGACUUGCAGUGGGAGGCACCGAAAAACGAUGGUGGAAGACCCAUCCUCAGGUAUUCCAUUGAGAAAAAAGAGAAGCUUGGAACUCGCUGGGUGAAAUGUGGGAAGACCUCGGGUCCAGACUGUAAGUACAGGGUAACAGACGUCAUUGAGGGAACAGAGGUUCAGUUCCAGGUCCGAGCUGAGAACGAGGCUGGCAGUGGACACCCAAGUGAACCCACCGAGAUUCUCACCAUAGAAGAUCCAACAGGCAUCCCAUCACCACCCAUUGAAUUACACGUGACUGGAGCCAGCCGAGACUUCCUGGCAAUUGCCUGGAAACCUCCACAAACAGAUGGCGGUGCCCCUGUCAGAGGAUACCACAUUGAGAUGUGCGAGGCUGGAACUGAGAAGUGGAUGAGGGUGAACUCCCGUCCAGUGAAGGAGCUCAAGUACCGUGUAGAGGAGGGUGUGACCCCUGAAAAGGAGUACAUUCUGAGAGUGAGGGCCGUUAAUGCUAUCGGAGAGAGCGAACCGUCGGACAUCUCUGAAAAUGUCUUUGCCAAAGACUCUGACUGCAACCCAACUCUGGAAUUCCAGACUCUGGAUCUAGUUGUUGUGGAAACAGAAAAGCUGCACAUCCCAGUUCCCUUUAGAGCAGUCCCCUUACCUAAAAUCACCUGGCACAAAGAUGGCAAAGAGCUGAAGGCGGAUGAACGCCUUGGCUUUAGGAAGGAGUAUACCUCCUGUCACCUGGAGAUUGACAUCAGUCUUCAUGCCGAUGCUGGAGUGUACAAAGUGACACUAGAAAACAAGCUGGGAAGUGCCAGUGCCACCAUCAAUGUCAAAGUCAUCGGGCUUCCUGGUCCUUGCAAGGAAAUUGUGGCUUCUGAGAUCACAAAGAGCUCCUGUAAAGUUUCAUGGGAUCCACCAGAUUAUGAUGGUGGUAGUCCAAUUCUUCACUAUGUCUUGCAGCGGCGUGAGGCCGGCAGGAGGACAUACGUCAACAUAAUGUCAGGAGAGUGCAAGGUGAGCUGGGUGGUCAAAGAUCUCAUCCACAAUGGAGAGUACUACUUCAGGGUCCAGGCCGUUAACAAGAUUGGAGGAGGAGAGUUCAUCGAGCUCCGCAACCCAGUCAUCGCCGAGGACCAGAAACAUGCUCCUGACCCACCAGUGGAUGUGGAAACCCACAACCCAACAUCCAGUACUGUUACUCUAACCUGGAAGCCUCCCAUGUAUGAUGGUGGCUCCAAAAUCAUGGGCUACAUCCUAGAGAAGCAGCAGAAAGGAGAGGACAAGUGGGAGAGGUGCAAUGACUUCCUGGUGCCUGUACUAUCCUACACCGUCAGAGGAUUGAUUGAAGGAAAGAACUUCACCUUUAGAGUCAGAGCUGAAAAUGCUGCUGGGAUCAGUGAGCCAUCACGCAACACGCCAUUUAUCAAGGCCGCUGAUACCAUUGAUCCUCCAAAGGUUUUCCUGAGUGGCAGCUUGCAGUCUGGUCUCGCCGUGAAGCGAGGCUACGAGAUCUGCCUGGAUGCCAACAUUUCAGGAUCUCCGUACCCUCAGAUCACCUGGUACUGGAACAACCAAUCAAUUCAGCCUGAGCCACUCCGGAAGAGACCUGAAAAACCCCUGAAGAAGAAGGUGGAAAAGAAGGAAGAGGAAAAGAAGGAGGAAAAGGAGAAAGAAGAGGGGACAGCUGAGAAGAAAGAGGAGAAGGAGGGAGAGGUGAAAGAACCUGAGGAAAAAGAAGGCGAGGUGAAAAAAGAAGGCGAGGUGAAAAAGGAGGAGGAAGUUCCACAACCAGAGGUCGAGGAGCCAGACUACCCCACCAUAAAUGAACGCCUGGCCAUCGACAAUAGCCACAAGGGUGUAUCCUCUAUCGUUAUCAGGGACUCGAUUCGCCCUGAUCAUGGUGUCUACAUGGUGAAGGUGGAGAACGACCAUGGCAUUGCCUCGGCAACCUGCGAGGUCAACAUACUCGAUACUCCCGGGCCUCCCGUAAACUUUAGAUUCGAGGAGGUGAGGAAGAACUCUGUGAUCUGCAAGUGGGAUCCCCCUCUGGAUGAUGGUGGCAGCGAGAUUCUCAACUACACCCUGGAACAGAAAGACAACUCCAAGCUGGAGAUUGGUUGGAGCACCGUUACCGCAAUAUUGAAAGGAUGUCGUUACUUGGUGCCCAAACUCAUUGAAAAGAAGGAGUACAUCUUUAGGGUCGUGGCUGAGAACAAGUAUGGUGCAGGCCCACCCUGUGUCUCCAAACCGGUCAUUGCCAAGAAUCCUUUUGAACCUCCCGAAGCACCUGAUAAACCACAAGUUGAUGACAUCACAGCCAAUAGCAUGUUGGUCACAUGGAAUGAACCAAAUGAUAAUGGCAGCCCCAUCUUGGGAUACUGGGUGGAGCGCCGUGAGAUCAACAGCUCACACUGGGCACGUGUAAAUAGGAACAUCAUCCCUGUCCCUGAGCUAAAUGUUGAAGGUCUGAUCGAGGGGCUGACUUACAUCUUUAGAGUUGCUGCCGAAAACCAGGCCGGCCCUGGAAAGUUCAGUGUUCCCUCUGAACCCAAGACUGCCCAGCCAGCAAUUUUGCCUCCAGGUCCUCCAGUUGCCCGAGUGGCAGCAACUACUGACCACUCCAUCGAAGUUGAGUGGGACCCGCCUGCUGACAAUGGAGGUGGGGAAAUCCUGGGAUAUCAUGUGGAUAAGGCUAUGGCUGGUACCAAGGACUGGUCAAGAUCUACGGAACGUCCGUGGAAGACUCGGAACUUCACUGUUUAUGGAGUCAGAGAGGGAGCAAAGUACACGGUCAGAGUCAUUGCCUGUAAUGCUGCUGGAGAGGGAACACCAGGAUUCACAGAGUCUGUAUUCGUCAGAAAUCCUGCAGAGAUCCCAGUAAUUGAAUUGGAUCUGUCUGUCAAGAAUGGCGUCGUGAUCAGAGCUGGAGAAAACCUCCUUAUACCUGCUACAGUCACAGGUAAACCCUACCCAGCCAUCACCUGGACCAAGGAUGAUGGCAAACCCGACAAAGACCGUGCGGAGAUCCUCACUGAGGACAACAACAGCAUCUUUUCAGUCAAGAAUGUCCAGAGGAAAGACUGCGGAAAAUAUCAAAUCUCCGCUUGCAACCCCAGUGGCAUCAAGUCUGCAUGGACCAGAGUGGAGGUCAUGGAUGUCCCGGGACCUGUCACAGACCUGAAGCCUGUUGUUGUCACUCGUAAGAUGAUCUUUCUGAACUGGGAUGACCCUGAAGACGAUGGAGGCAGUGACUUGACCGGCUUCCUCGUGGAGCGAAGAGAUCCCAAGAUGCACACAUGGAGGCAACCUGUUGAAACCGCCUCGUCCAAGUGUGAGUGUGUGGGCAUUAUGGAGGGACAAGAAUACCUGUUCCGUGUCAUCGCCAAGAACAAAUACGGCCUGGGCCCACCUGUUGAGCUAGGACCCAUCAAGGCUGUAGACCCACAGGGCCCGCCAUCAUAUCCUGAGAAGUUCCACUACACUGAACGCACAAAGAACUCCAUCACGUUCGCCUGGAAACCACCACGUAAUGAUGGCGGCAGCCCUAUCAUUGGUUACUUUGUUGAGAAAAAGAGGCAGGACCAGCAGGCCUUUGAGCCCUGCAACACUGAGAUCUGUCCCAACAUGACUAUGACUGUGGAGGGCCUGGAUGAUGCCUGGAUGUACGAGUUCAGAAUCAAGUGUGCCAACCUUAUUGGAGAGAGUGAGCCAUCCAUCCCACUGACUGUGGUUAUCCAAGAUGAUGAAGUGUCUCCUGAGAUUCACAUGCUGAAGCAGUUCAAAGGGGACACCAUUACUGUGAAGAAGGGUGAAUCCAUCGAGAUCCCAGCUGAUGUCCUGGGACUCCCCAUCCCUAAGAUUGAGUGGUCUAAGGAUGACGUAGUGAUCGAGAAGCCUACUGAGACUCUACUGAUGGAGACAAAUGUGACUGGCAGAAUGAAUUGCAAGACCAUGCUGUCCAUCCCAGCAGCCAACAGGAGGGACCGUGGCAGUUACACUGUGGCUGCCUCCAACAACAUGGGUUCAGCCACGCACACGGUCUAUGUCAUGGUGCUUGACCGACCAACUCCACCAAGGAAUGUGACAGUAACCAAUAUCAGAGGUGAGUCCUGCUACCUCAACUGGCACGCACCACUUGAUAAUGGCGGAAGUGAACUGACCAACUACAUCAUUGAGAAGAAGGAAGUGGUAACAGAGGUGCCUGAGGUGGAAGAGGGACAGGAAGCUCCACCUGAACCGCAGUGGGAGGAGGUUACAAAUAGUAUAAUUGAGAGAAAAUAUGAGGUCUGGAACCUGGAAGACAAAAAGACCUACCUUUUCCGGGUACGGGCUGAGAACCGCUACGGUAAAUCUGAUCCCUGCACAACUGAGGAAGUUCAAAUUAUAGACCCCUUCGGCCUUCCUGGCCCUCCAGAGAAACCAACAAUUGCAGAGUACUGCAAGACCUCCAUGACUCUAACCUGGGAACCUCCCAGAGAUAAUGGAGGCUCCACGAUUAUUGGUUACUGGCUGGAAAAAAGAGAGAAAGGUACUGCUUACUGGGCUAAAGUCAAUAAGAUGCCCAUCACAAAGAGGGGCAUGAAAGGCUGGGAGUACCAGGUGACACGUCUGUUUGAAGGAACAGAGUACGAGUUUAGGGUCGCAGCCUGUAAUUCAGCAGGAACCGGACCUUUCAGUGGACCAUCUGACUCUGCCUUUGCUGUUGACCCUCUCACUCCUCCAAGCAUGCCUGCUGCUCCCGAGGUGGCCGAUAAGACAAAACACAAUGUCACACUCUCCUGGAAACCACCAGAGAGUGAUGGUGGCAGUCCCAUCAAGGGCUACAUUAUCCAGAUACAGGAUGAGGGGACAUCAGAGUGGGUGAGAGUAAAUGAUCCUGAAACCCUGCACCCCACUACUGAGUUUACAGUGCCAAGCCUCCGCGAGCUGAAGCGCUACCGGUUCAGGAUCAUUGCUGUCAAUGACAUUGGAGAGUCUGAUCCCAGCCCCCGCACUAGUGAAGUUCUUAUUGAGGAUGUCCAACUUCCACCUUCAAUCACACUUGAUGUGAUGGCAGAUGACCUGGUUUCCAUCCGUGCUGGAGAUCCCAUUAGAAUCCCCACCACCAUCAAAGGCCGGCCCACUCCUAAGGUAACCUGGGACUUUGACGGCAAAGCCAAGUCGCACAAGAAAAACAAACUCCACACACUGCCUGUGGACUCUGAGGUGGAGUCCACAGACACCACUUCUGUUGUGACUAUACCUGUCAGUCUGAGGACUCACUCUGGACGUUACACCAUCACAGCCAAGAACAAGUCUGGACAGAAACACCUCAACAUCAGGGUCAUUGUCCUCGAUGUUCCCGGACCUCCAAAGGACUUAAAGAUUACUGACAUCACCCGAUCAACCAUGAGGCUGAUCUGGAAGCUCCCCAAUACAGAUGGAGGAGAGCGAAUCAAGAGUUACUUUAUUGAGAAGAAAUCUGUGACCGACAAGGCCUGGACCAAGGUUAAUGUAGCCUGUGCUAGCCAGGCCUACGUGGUGCCAGGACUGCUAGAGGGUCAGGACUACCUGUUCAGAGUGCGAGCAGAGAACCGAUUGGGAUUCGGCCCGUUCACUGUCACCACUGAACCUGUCCGGGCCAGAGACCCCAUCUACCCACCUGACCCCCCCACCAAGCUGAAGGUUAACCUGGUGACAAAGAACACUGUCACCUUGAGCUGGGAGGCUCCCAAAAAUAAUGGUGGCUCUCCUGUGAAGCAUUACAUCAUUGAACGAUUGAGCUGGGACACCACCGGCAAGGAGAAAGAGACCUGGAAACAGUGCAACAAGAGAGAUGUGGAAGAGCUCACCUUCGUGGUGGAGGAUCUCAAAGAGGGAGGAGAAUAUGAGUUCAGAGUAAAAGCUGUAAAUGCUGCUGGACCCAGCCGACCCUCUGCCACCAUUGGACCCAUGGUCAUCAAGGAUCAGACAUGUCCGCCCACUAUUGAACUACGUGAGGCUAUGGAGGGAGAGGAGGGCUGUGACAUCAGCAUUGUCGCAAAAGUUAGCGGCUGUCCGUUCCCCAGCCUCGUUUGGCACAAAGCCAGUCUGGACAAACCUGAGGAGAAGUCUGCCAUUCAGUAUGACCAACACAUCAACAAACUAGUAACCCAGGAUAAGUGCACCCUUCUAAUACAGCAAGCCAGCAGGCAUGACAGCUCACUCUACAGCCUGACCGCCACUAAUAGUCUGGGCACUGUUUGCAAGGGCAUCAAGCUCUCAGUGUUUGGGCCUCCUGGUCCCCCAGUCGGACCAGUCAAGUUCACGGAGGUGUUUGCAGAAAGAAUAGGCCUCGCCUGGAACCCUCCCAUCGAUGACGGUGGAUCUAAGAUCACCAACUACGUGGUUGAGAAGCGUGAGGAGAACAGGAAAUCGUGGGUCCAUGUCUCCAAUGAUCCCAAAGAGUGUACCUAUGUGGUAACCCGGCUGACCGAGAACCAUGAGUAUGAGUUCAGAGUCAUGGCUCAAAACAAGUUUGGAGUAGGCCCACCACUGGUCAGUGAUCCAGAGAAGGCCAGAAAUCUCUUCACUGUCCCCGGUCAGUGUGAGAAGCCCACUGUGACCGAAGUCUGUCUGGAGUCAAUGACUGUCAACUGGGAAGAACCCAAGUACGAUGGCGGGUCCCCCGUCACUGGCUACAUCAUCGAGAAGAAGGAGACCACUGCCAAGCGCUGGAUCCGUGUCAACCGUGAGCCCAUUAGGGCACUGCCACUGGGCAACAACUGGGAUGUCACUGGGCUACUGGAAGGGGCCCUAUACCAGUUCAGGGUCAUUGCUGUCAAUGCUGCUGGCUGUGGACUGCCCAGUAUACCUUCUGACCCCAUACUCUGCAGAGACCCCAUCAAGCCUCCUGGACCGCCCACUCCAAAGGUAACAGACUGGACAAAGUCUACAGUUGAGCUCGAGUGGAUACCGCCUCUGGUGGACGGAGGGUCAAAAGUCACAGGCUACAUUGUGGAGUUCAAGGAGGUGAACAAGGAGGAAGAGGAGAAGAAAGCUCAGAGGAGGCUACUCCUGAGUGUAGCUGAAGAGGAGAAGGAAACAGAAACUGAAGAGGCCUGGGAGAAGGCAAAGGACACUGAGAUCAGAGGAACUAAAUUUGUGGUGGCUGGCCUUAAGGAAGGUGGUCUGUACCGCUUCAGAGUCCGAGCUGUGAAUGCUGCUGGAGUAGGAGACCCUGGAUUAGUGUCUGAGCUAAUUGAGGUCAAAGACAGAACAAUUCCUCCUGAGAUGGAUCUUGACGCCUCAGUGAAGGAGAAAAUCGUAGUCCAUGCCGGUGGCACCAUCCGCAUUAUCGCCUACGUGUCCGGCAAACCUGCCCCACAGAUCACUUGGUGCCGGGAUGACAGUGAGGUGCCCAAAGAGGCCGUGGUGGAGACGACAGGCAUCUCUAAUUCACUGGUCAUUAAGAACUGCAGACGCCAACACCAGGGCAUUUAUACACUAAGUGCAAAGAACGAGGGCGGAGAGAGGAAGAAGGCGGUCAUUGUUGAGGUCCUGGACGUUCCUGGACCAGUUGGUCUUCCCUUCGCUGGAGAGAACCUGACCAAUGACUCCUGCAAGCUGACCUGGUACUCCCCUGAGGAUGAUGGCGGCUCAGCCAUUACCAACUAUAUUAUUGAGAAGAGAGAGUCAGACCGCAUGGGUUGGACCUCUGUAUCUUACACAGUGACAAGAAACAAUGCUGUAGUACAAGGACUCAUCGAUGGCAAGGGCUACUUCUUCAGGAUUGCAGCUGAGAACAUCAUAGGCAUGGGACCUUUCGUCGAGACCGACAAGAUGGUUCUCAUCAAAGAUCCCAUCUCUGUCCCAGAGCGUCCUGAGGAUCUAAUCAUCACAGCUAUUACCAAAGACUCCAUCUCCGUCACCUGGAGACCACCCAAAUAUGAUGGUGGUGCAGAUGUGACCAGCUAUGUCCUUGAGUCCCGAAUGAUAGGCCAUGACAGCUUUGUGAGAGUAGGCGGAGAGGACAAGCUGAUGGACAGACGGUUCACACUAACUGGGCUGAAGGAAGGCUCAAGCCAUGAGUUCAGAGUCUCAGCUGUCAACCAGGUGGGACAAGGCAAACCAUCUUUUGCCACCAAACCUGUGCAGUGCAAGGAUGAACUUGAGCCACCGACUCUGGACCUGGACUUCAGGGAAAAGCUCAUGGUAAAGGUGGGAGACACCUGCAUGCUGUCGGGACGCUACAGUGGCAAACCGGCCCCUGCUAUCACCUGGGCAAAGAAUGAUGAGGACCUGAAGGCAGAUGAGGAAAUCAGCCUCCACAGCACCACCCACCACCUCAGCCUCAACAUCAGCAAGGCCAAGAGAGAACACAGCGGCCGCUAUUGUGUCAGCGUGGAGAAUGCUGCUGGCACUCGCUCGGGAAUCUGCACCAUCACUGUGGUCGACCGUCCUCAGCCACCAGAGGGACCCGUAGAGUUCAACGAAGUCUACAGGAAUUACAUGGUAAUCACCUGGAAGCCGCCUCUGGAUGACGGAGGCUGUGCUGUCUCCAACUACAUCAUUGAGAAGAGAGAUACCAACAGAGACCUAUGGAUGCCUGUCACCUCAUCCUGUACCAGAACCACCUGCAGAGUGCCAAAGCUAAUCGAGGGCCGGGAGUACAUCAUUCGUAUAAUGGCUCAAAACAUCUAUGGCAUCAGUGACCCUCUUCUGUCUACAGAGACUAAAGCUAGAGACAUUUUCAAGACACCAGAUGCUCCCAAGCAGCCUCUGGUGAAGGAAGUUUACCAUGACUCUGCCCUAAUCAGCUGGGAGCCACCUGCUGAUGGAGGGAAACCAAUCACAGGCUACAUUGUGGAGAGGAAGGAGACCAUGGCCAACAGGUGGGUUCGCUGCAACACAGAAAGAAUCCAUCCUAAGGUGGAGUAUUGGGUGACCGACCUCCUGAAAGGCUGCGAGUAUGAGUUCAGGGUCAGUGCUGAGAAUGAAGUGGGAGCUGGAGACCCAAGCCCACCAUCUAAACCGGUCUUUGCCAAAGAUCCCAUUGUGAAACCUAGUCCGCCAGUGAAUCUAAAGGCUAUCGACUUUACCAAAGAGUCAGUUACCCUGUCAUGGGAGCCACCCACCGACACUGGCAGAGGAAAAAUCUUUGGAUACUUGCUGGAGUUCCAGGCAGCUGGAAAGGAGGAAUGGCUCAAGGUGAACCAGACUCCAGACUCCUGCAAAGAAACCAAGUUUAAGGUUAUCAACUUGGAAGAUGGUGUUUUGUACCGCUUCAGAGUCAUGGCUGUCAACGCUGCUGGGGAGUCCAACCCAGCCAACCUUACUGAGCCGAUUAGAGUACAGGACAGACUUGAGCCUCCAGAGUUGAUUCUGGAUGCCGGAAUGACCCGAGAAAUUAAAGCCAUGGCUGGCACUCAUAUUGCUCUGAUAGCCGGCAUCAAAGGUGUCCCAUUUCCCACUGUCACCUGGAAGAAGAAUGACGCAGAAGUUCCCCCUCGGGCAGAUAUCGAAACCAACCAGACAGGCACCAAGCUGGAGAUGAGGUUCUGCCAUCGUGGUGACUGUGGAGAUUACACCCUAACUGUGGAGAAUCCAGCAGGAACCAAGACUGUCACCUGCACUGUGCUAGUUCUUGACAAACCUGGUCCUGUACAGCACCUCCGUGUGUCUGAUGUCAGGAGUGACUCUGCCUACCUGUCCUGGAAAGAUCCAGAGGAUAAUGGUGGUACUCGCAUCACUAACUUUGUGGUAGAGAAGAAAGACACAGCUUCCACUCAGUGGGUCCCUGUCUGCUCUACAUCAAAGAAACGCAGUAUGAUGUUGAAGCACCUGAUGGAGGGCACGUCCUACUCGUUUAGAGUUGCCACUGAAAACCAGUUCGGCCGCAGCGAAUAUGUCGAGACACCAAAGGCCAUCAAGGCAAUGAACCCACUCUUCCCUCCUGGUCCUCCCAAAGACCUGCAUCAUGUUGAUGUGGACAAGACUGAGGUAUGGUUAGCAUGGAACUGGCCUGAUCGCAAUGGAGGAAGUGAAAUCAUAGGCUUUCUGGUUGAGUACCAGGAAGAGGGAGAGAAAGAGUGGUAUGAAUGGAAAACUGUCAGCAUCCCUGAGAGUCAUGUGACUGGUCUGGAGGAAGGAAAAACCUACCGCUUCAGAGUGAGGGCUGAGAAUGCCAUUGGCCUCAGCAGACCUGAUACCACAGUGCCUAUCCUCUGCCAGGAGAAACUAGUGCCCCCAAUUGUUGAAGUUGAUGUUAAACUCACUGAAGGCAUCAUUGUGAAGGCCGGGACUACCAUCAGACUGCCAGCUAUAAUGAGAGGAAUCCCUGUCCCAACUGCCAAGUGGUCCAUCGAAGGAGAGGAGAUCACCAGCCAGGGCAACAUUAAGAUUGACACUGAUAAUUUCUCCACUAUUCUCAGCAUUAAUGAGUGCACCAGAAACCACACUGGAACCUACCUGCUCACUGUGUCCAACCCAGCAGGAACCAAGACGGUGGCCUUAAAUGUCACUGUACUCGAUGUUCCAGCUGCUCCGAUUGGACCUGUCAACAUAUUGGAGGUCAUGCCAGAUUCCAUGACAAUUGAAUGGCGUCCUCCUAAAGAUGAUGGUGGGAGCCCUAUAACCAAUUACAUUGUGGAGAAAAGAGAGUCCAACAAAGAGACAUGGGGAGGUGUGAGUUCUGGUAGUCUUGCAACGCAGCUCCGGAUCGCUCGCCUUCAGAAAGGAGUAGAAUAUGUAGUCCGCAUUCGUGCUGAGAACAAGAUGGGCAUUGGUGCUCCUCUGGAGAGCAAGCCCACUGUUGCUGAGCACUCAUUCAUGCCCCCUAGUGCACCUGGUAAGCCACAAUCCUAUGAUACCUCAGAGGAUGCUGUUACACUUGGCUGGACUAUGCCCCUAACUGAUGGUGGCAGUCAGAUCACUGGCUACAUCAUUGAGCGCAGACACAAGGGAGGAAAGUGGAUCCGUGUCAACAAGACACCUUGCAAGGACCUGAGGUACCGAGUCCUGGGCCUCUACGAGGGCAGCGAGUAUGAGUUCAGAGUGUUUGCUGAAAAUAUUGCUGGAUUUAGUGGCCCCUCCCCAGUCUCCGACCCCUGCAAGCCCUGCAGGCCCAUCACUGUCCCGAGUCCCCCUGUCAAUCCUAAAGUUAAAGAUUACAGCAGGGCCACUGCUGACCUGGUGUGGACCAAACCUACCAAAGAUGGAGGCAGCCCAAUCCUUGGUUACACUGUGGAGAUGAAGAAAGCUAGCGCUGAAGAAUGGAAAAAAGUCAACCUGGAUGACUUGAUCAAGCAGUGUGCCUACAGGGUGAAGGGUCUGGAAGAGGGUGUGACCUAUAGAUUCAGAGUCUUUGCUUCAAACAUGAUUGGAGACGGGGAGCCAAGAGAAAUCCCAGAAUCAGUCACUGCUCAGGAUAUUCUUAUACCUCCAGAGAUUGAGAUGGAGGCCACUUGUCGAGAUUGUGUUACUGUGCGUGUUGGACACAACAUCAACAUCAUUGGUUACAUCAAGGCUCGCCCUGAUCCUGAAGUUUUUUGGUCAAAAGAAGAGACUAUUCUAGAGAACAGCAAACGUGUUACCAUCCUGCAGAAUCUUCCUUUAGUCCACCUAAAGAUCAAGGAAGCUACAAGGAAUGACCAUGGCAAAUAUAUUCUGAAAGCUUCAAAUGAAGGUGGUGAGGCUUCCCGCACAAUCACAGUUAAUGUUCUAGACCGACCCAGCCACUGCCAGAAUCUGAAUGUGACCUAUGUCACUAAGGGCUCAUGCAUGAUCAACUGGGAGAGCCCUAAGGACAAUGGUGGAUCCGAGAUCACCAACUACAUUGUGGAGUGCAGAGAGCCUAGUAUUAGCAUGUGGUCUAUGAUCUCUUCCCACUGCACUAAUCGUAAGAUCAAGGCAAAGCUGAUGGAAGGCCAUGAGUACCUGUUCCGUGUCUGUGCUGAGAACAAAAUAGGACCAGGACCCUCCGUGGAGAUCAAAACUCCUACAUUGGCCAUGGACCCUAUUGACAAGCCCGGCGAGCCUGAGAACUUCAGAGCAAUUGACAUUGGUAAGAACUAUGUCAAUUUGAGGUGGCGGAAGCCUGACUAUGAUGGUGGAAGCCCCCAUCUCUCCUACAACCUGGAGUGUAAAACUAAAGAUGCGGAGGAGUGGGAAAAACUCAACACCACUACUCUCACAGACACCUUCUUUUUGGCUGAUAAAUGUGUGGAAAAUCAGACGUACACCUUCAGAGUGCAGACUGUCAGUGAAGGAGGUGAGAGUGCCUGGGUAAAACUUGCAGAUAUUCUGGUGAGGGAGGAGAUCCAGAAGCCUGUCAUUGACCUGAAGUUGGCUGGAACACUGACAGUAAAAGCUGGAGAGUCAGUCAGGAUGGAGGCUGCUCUGAGAGGAAAGCCCCAGCCUGAGGUUAAAUGGAUGAAAGAUAAGGCUACUGGAGACAAUCCCAGAAUAAGCUAUGAAACUGGCCCAGACUACUCAAAAUUUCUGAUGACUAAGUCCAAGCGUAGUGACACAGGAAAAUACAUUAUCACUGCCACCAACUCGGGUGGGACUUUCACAGCAUAUGCCAAUGUUAAUGUCCUGGACGUUCCCGGCCCAGUGAGAGACCUGAGGAUUACUGGCAUUGGAGCUGACAAGUGCAGAGUGGUUUGGGAUGCUCCAGAGGAUGAUGGAGGUUGUGAGGUGGACAGCUACAUUCUAGAGAAAUGUGAAACCAGGAGGAUGGUUUGGUCCACAUAUUCAGCCUCUGUGGUCACACCAUACUGCAACGUCACUCGUUUGGUGGAGGGCAAUGAAUACAUAUUCAGAGUGCGGGCAGAAAACAAGAUGGGAACUGGCCCUGCCAUGGACAGUAAGCCUAUAACUGUCAAGACUCAGUUCAACAAACCUGGACCCCCUGAUGCCCCUGAAGUCACCAAGGUGAGCAAAGAUGAGAUGACUGUGGUCUGGGCUCCUCCUGAGAAUGAUGGAGGAAAGUCAAUCACUGGUUACAUCCUUGAAAGGAAGGAGAAGAGGGCAGUGCGCUGGGUGCCCUGCACUAAGAGCCCAAUCUCUGAGAGACGCAUGAAAGUAACCAACCUGAUUCCAAACCAUGAGUACCAGUUCAGAGUGAGAGCUGAGAAUGAUGUCGGUCUGGGAGAUCCCAGUAAACCCUGCAGACCAGUUGCAGCCAAAGAUCCUAUUGAGCCACCUGGUCCCCCUGCAGCCCUGAAGGUGGCCGACAGCACAAAAACCUCUAUCACUCUGUCCUGGUCUAAACCUGUCUAUGACGGUGGCGCCCCCAUUAUUGGCUAUAGCUUGGACAUGAGGCUGAAAAGUGAGGCGGACCCUGAGAAUCCCACAGUGGGCUGGAAGAGAAUUGAUACUCAUGGACCACUGGUGCUCACAGAAUUUACUAUUGGCCAGCUUGAUGAAAAGCAGGAGUAUGAGUUCAAGGUGUCAGCCCAAAACCAGGUGGGCUGGGGACGCCAUGCUUAUUUGAAGGAGGCAGUGUCUCCCAAGGAGAUCCUGGAGGCUCCAGAAAUUGAGCUGGAUGCCAGUCUGAGGAAAGGCCUUUCUGUGAGGGCUGGUUGUCCUAUAAGGCUUUUCGCCGUGAUCAGAGGAAGGCCUGCCCCCAAGGUUACGUGGAAGCGGUUGGGUGUGGACAAUGUAAUCCGCCGAGGUCACGUGGACCAGGUUGACACCAUGUCCUUCCUUGUUAUCCCUGAGAGCACCAGAGAGGAUUCUGGAAAAUAUUCACUCACUCUGUCCAACUCAGCUGGAGAGAAAGCAAUAUUUGUCCGUGUCAAAGUCCUUGACACACCUGGUCCGGUUGGCAGCCUGGAUGCCACUGACAUCACCAAAACAACAGCUCAACUCUCCUGGUUGCCACCAGAGAAUGACGGAGGCAGCCCCAUCCUCAAUUACGUUGUGGAGAAACGAGAGGUUGAUAGGAAGACCUGGACCAAGUGCACAGAGGACCUGAAGAAGACUAGCUUUAAGGUCACCAACCUUACACCUGGCAUUGAGUAUUACUUCAGAGUCAUGGCCUGCAACAAGUAUGGCAUUGGAGUUCCUCAGGACUCACCCAGGUCCUACUUGGCUGUUGACCCAAUCAGUGAGCCAGACCCUCCAAAGAAGAUGGACGUGUUAGAGAUCACCAAGAAUAGUGCUACACUGGGCUGGCUAAAACCACUCAGGGAUGGAGGUGCCAAAAUCAAUGGUUAUGUGGUGGAUUACCAGGAGGAGGGUGCACCUGAGGACAAAUGGACACCAUAUUCUGUGGUCAAAGACCUGACUAUCGUGGUAGUUGGUCUGAAAGAAGGAAAGAAGUAUAAGUUCAGAGUGGCUGCUAGGAACUCAGUGGGAGUCAGUUUGGCUCGAGAGGCUGAGGGAAUGUUUGAAGUUAAGGAGCAGCUCAUGGCUCCGAAGAUAAUCAUGCCUGACAUUGUGACAGUCAGAGCUGGAUCCAAGAUGACGAUUGAGGCUAUUGUGGCAGGUAAACCUGCUCCUGUCUGCAAGUGGAAGCAGGGCAAUGAGGAUGUGCUAACCUCUGAUCGCCUGUCCAUUGUAAAGACGCUGACAACUACCUCACUUAUUAUAAAGAAUGUCACAAGAAAGGAUAGUGGUUACUACAGCCUGUCAGCUGAGAACAGUACUGCCAAGAUUAAUCAGAUCCUCAAAGUCAUCGUCAUGGACAUCCCUGGACCCCCUGAAGCUCCUUUGGAGAUCACUGAACUGGACAUGGAUGCGUGCACACUGCUCUGGAACUCGCCACAGGAGGAUGGUGGUAGCAACAUCACCAACUACAUUGUAGAGAAGUGUGAUGUUAGCCAGGGUGAUUGGAUCACCGUUUCUACAUCUUGCACAAAGACGAGCUUCAGAAUGACCAAACUGACACCUGGCAAAGAGUACAGCUUCCGUGUUCGUGCUGAAAACAGGUUUGGCGUCUCUGGGCCUACCUACUCUGAGAAGAUGAUUGCCAGAUAUCCAUUUGAUCCUCCGAGUGAACCCAGAAACCUGCAGAUAAACAAGAUCAACAAGGAUUUCGUCAUCCUAUCAUGGGAGCGUCCCAGCUCUGAUGGUGGGAGCCCCAUCAGUGGAUAUUGCAUUGAAAAGAAGGAGAGGAAUAGCCUUCUGUGGGUGAAGGCUAAUGAGACUCUGGUCAAAGCCACUCAGUACACCUGCACAGGCCUGAUCGAUGGCCUGGAGUACACCUUCAGGGUGUCAGCACAAAACCAGGCCGGACAGGGCAAACCUUGUAAACAGACAGACUUCAUCACUGCCAGGACUGCUGUCGACCCACCAGGAAAACCCGAGCCCAUGGAUGUGACCAAGAGCACUGUAUCAUUAGUGUGGGGCCGUCCAAAGCAUGACGGUGGCAGCAAGUUGAUUGGCUACUACGUGGAAUAUACAAAGCUUCCAGAAGAGAAGUGGACUCGCUGCAAUGCCAACUGCAUGAACAUCCAGACAGAGAACUAUGUGGUGACUAACCUACAGGAGGGUCAACAAUACCAGUUUAGAGUCAUCGCCAAGACCGCAAUUAACAGCAGCCUUCCAUCUGAGCUGUCUGACCCUAUUCCUGUCAUCGCAGAGAAUGUUGCUCCUCGUGUGGAAUUAGGUGUUAACAUGAAGAACCUGAUUGUGGUGAAAGCUGGAGAAAAUGUCUUCCUGGAUGCUGAGGUCUUUGGCAAACCACUUCCCAAAGUGAGCUGGAAGAAGGAUGGAGUACCUCUGGUCCUUGCUGAGGGAAUGAAGAUGUCCCAAAAGAAACAUCUUCAUCUGCUGGAGCUAUACUCUGUCACCAGGAAAGAGACUGGGGACUACACUAUCACAGCUGAAAAUGUCAAUGGCACCAAGUACGCCACCAUAAAGGUCAAAGUACUCGACAAACCAGGCCCUCCAGCCUCAGUGAAAAUUUCUAAGGUGUUUGCUGACCGUGUUAAGCUGCGAUGGGUGCCACCACUUGCAGAUGGCGGUUCUGAAAUCACUAACUACAUCAUUGAGAAGCGUGAGACUAGCAGGGCCAACUGGGCAUUGGUCACCUCAAACAUCCAUGGACACAUCACUGACUGUUCAGUGGAGAAACUUAUUGAAGGACACGAAUAUCAGUUCCGAGUCAGUGCUGAGAACCAGUAUGGUGUGGGAGAUCCCAUUAUGACUGAUGCCGUCACGGUCAAGAAUCCGUAUGAUGUUCCUGGUCCAUGUGAGCCACCUGUCAUCACCAACAUCACACAGAACUCCAUGACAGUCAGCUGGAAGGCCCCAGCCAAUGAUGGCAAGUCUCCCAUCCUUGGCUACAUGGUGGAGAAACGUGAGGCCACUGAGCUGAGCUGGGCUAAGGUUAACCGCCGACCAGUCAUUGAUAGGACCAUCAAGGCCAUUCAACUGACUGAGGGCUCUGAGUAUGAGUUCAGAGUAAUUGCUAUAAACAAGGCUGGUCUUGGGAAACCCAGCGACGCUUCAAAUGGUGCCCUGGCUGUUGACCCUGUCUAUCCUCCCGGGCCACCUGCCUUCCCCAAGGUGGUGGACUCUACCAAGACGUCAGUUAGCCUUAGCUGGACCAAACCAGCAUAUGAUGGUGGCUGUGAGAUCAUUGGAUACUUGGUUGAGUGCAAGCGAGUUGAUGCAGAGAGCUGGACAAGAUGCAAUGUGCCGAAGAAACUCCAGGCCACGAAAUUCCUGCUGACAGGCCUGAUGGACAACACUGAGUACCAGUUCAGAGUCACGGCUGUUAACAAGAUUGGCUACAGUGAGCCCAGCGAGGUGCCUGGAAACUACAUGCCUAAGGAUAUUCUAAUUGCUCCUGAUGCUGAGCUUGACGCUGACCUGAGAAAAGCUUUGGUUCUGCGAGCUGGAGUAACCAUGAGGCUCUAUGUACCACUGAGAGGACGCCCAGCACCGAAGGUGACAUGGACUAAAGUUGAUGCUAAUUUGAAGGAAAGGCAAGGACUACUGAUCAAGACAUCGGACUGGGACACCCUACUGAUGAUUGAGGAUGUUAACAGAUGUGAUUCUGGCAAAUAUGUUCUGUCACUGGAGAACAGCAGCGGCUCUAAGAGCUACACCAUCGUAGUAAAGGUCCUUGAUUCUCCGGGCCCACCCUUAAACCUGACUGUGAAGGAAACCUCCAGAACCCAUGCCUGCAUCACCUGGGAUGCCCCACUGAUUGAUGGUGGUAGUCCAGUUAAGAACUACAUCGUAGAGAAACGUUUGGCUGAGAGGAAAGCCUGGACCUGUGUGUCAGCAGAUUGUCCUAAGAUUUCCUUCAGGAUCACCAACCUGGAGGCAGGACAGGCCUACUGCUUCAGAGUUCUAGCUGAAAAUGCAUACGGCAUUGGAGAAGGCUGUGAGACCCCAGGCAGCAUCAGGGCCUCUGAGCAACCUGGUCCAGUGACAGACUUCAAAGCUCAGAAGACUACAAAGAACUCUAUCACCCUGUCCUGGAAGAAGCCCAUCAAUGAUGGUGGGAGUUUUAUUACUGCAUACAUCUUGGAGCAGGGUGAAGGCGAGGAGAAGUGGAAGCAGAUCCUGAAAGGCAAGAAUACCUCACACACUAUUGGAGAACUGACAGAAGGCAAGGAGUAUUCUUUCAGGGUCAAGGCACUCAACGAGUCUGGAGAGGGACCACCCACUGAGCUCACUGCUAUUGCAAAGGACCAAUUUGUGCUACCCGACUGCAACUUAAGUGAUCUGCACGAUGGCUGCUGUGUGGUUAAGGAGGGCAGCACAACACGCAUUAACAUCCCCAUCACUGGAGUUCCAAACCCCACUGCUACCUGGAAGAAGGGCGAUAUGGGAGUGGGUGAUACUGGCCGGAUGUGUGUUGAAGCAUCUCAGGGCAUCACCACCUUACUGAUUAGAGACUCCCAGAGAGGAGAUGCUGACACCUACACUAUAAAUGUCAGGAACAGUGCUGGCUCAAAGGACUGCAAGUUCCAGCUGAAGGUGGUUGGCAAACCCGGUAUUUGCACUGGACCCAUUACGUUUGAUGAGAUAACUGCCGAUGCCAUCACACUAGAGUGGGGACCACCCAAAGAUGAUGGUGGUGCAGAGGUGUCUAAUUACAUUGUGGAGAAGAGGAGAACAACAGAUAACAAGUGGACUACAGUGGCUUCUGCCAUCCAGAAGACCACCAUGAGAGUGAUCAGACUCCAUGACGGGAUAGAAUACAUCUUUAGAGUGUUUGCUGAGAACAAGUAUGGGGUUGGAGAACAUCUGAGGUCUGACCCAGUCGUUGCCCAGCAUCCUUUCAAUGUUCCCGGGGCACCUGCUCCACCAGAAAUUGUGAGCAUCAGGCAUGAAUCAGCCAUCCUGACUUGGGUUGAUCCAAAGGACACUGGUGGUGCCCCAGUUACUGGAUAUCACAUAGAGUAUAAGGAAAAGAACAGUCUGAUGUGGAAACGGGCGAGUAAGACUCCUCUGAGAGUAAAAGAAUGUAGAGUCACUGGACUGACAGAAGGAUUAGAAUAUGAGUUCAGGGUAAUGGCCAUGAACAUGGCUGGCCUGGGAAAGGCUAGCAAAGUAACUGAGGCCGUGGUUGCUCUGGAUCCUAUUGAUCCUCCUGGCAAGCCUGAAGUAAUCAGUGUCACCAGGAGCACAGUCACUCUGAUGUGGACAGCUCCCAAAUAUGACGGUGGCUACAAGCUUACUGGUUAUAUCAUAGAGAAACUUGAGGCCAGUGGUAAGGCCUGGAUGAAAGCAAAUCAUGUCAACAUUCAGGGCUGUGCUUUUACCGUCACUGACCUGACUGAAGGAUCCCAGUAUGAAUUUAGAGUCAGAGCUAAGAAUGCUGCAGGUGCCAUCAGUAUUCCUUCAGAGCCUACUCCGCUUUUGACCUGCAAGGAUGAAUAUGAGCCCCCAACCAUCACUAUUGACCCAGAAAUGAAAGAUGGUAUAGCCAUCAGAGCAGGAGACACAAUUGUAAUCUCAGCUUCUAAAAUUGUGGGCAAACCUCCACCUACUGCAGCGUGGUCCAAGGGAGGACGUGAGUUGAAGACUUCUGACAUUGUCACCAUCACCAGUACCCCAACCUCCUCUACUCUGGCUAUUAAGUACGCAAGUCGGAAGAACACAGGGGAGUACACUAUCACUGCCAGCAACCCCUUUGGCAUUAAGGAAGAACAUGUUAAGGUGAAGGUCUUAGAUGUUCCUGGACCUCCAGGCCCAGUUGAAGCCAGUAACAUUUCAGCCGAAAAGUGUACCCUGACCUGGCUUCCACCAGAGGAGGAUGGAGGCUCUACUAUCAAAUCCUACAUCCUUGAGAAGAGAGAAACCAGCCGACUACAGUGGACCAAGCUAGCUGAAAAUGUCAUGGAUUGCAGACACGUAGUCAGCAAACUGAUUAAAGGCAAUGAAUACAUUUUCAGAGUGUCUGCUGUGAACCAGUAUGGCACAGGAGAUUCAACCCAGUCUGCUCCAGUCAAAAUGGUUGAUAGUUUCUCACCACCAGGUCCGCCCUCAACCCCAGAGAUUGAUAAUGUUAGUAGGAAUGCUGUCACCAUUUCAUGGAAGAGACCAGUACGAGAUGGGGGAAGUGACAUUAGGGGAUACUGUGUUGAGAGGAAAGAGAGAAGAGGACUGAGAUGGGUCAGAGCCUGUAAGCGGACUAUCCCUGACCUGCGGUUUAAGGUGCAAGGCCUGAGUGAGGGAGUAGAGUACGAGUUUAGAGUCACUGCUGAGAACAAGGCUGGAUUUGGGGAGCCAAGUGAACCAUCGCGCCCUGUCAUGACAAAAGAUAUUGUGUAUCCACCCGGUCCCCCAUCCAACCCUAGAAUUACAGAAACCACCAAAACCUCAGCCACAUUCACCUGGGGCCGACCCCACUAUGAUGGUGGUCUUGAAGUAGAGGGCUACAUUGUUGAAUAUAAAAAGGAAGGACAUGAUGAUUGGGAGACAGAGACACAGUACCCACUGAAAGCUUCAGAAUACGUGAUUGGUAAACUACAAAAAGGAGGCAAAUACCACUUCAGGGUUAGUGCUGUAAACUCUGAGGGAAUAGGCGAGCCUGCAGAGGUUGAGAAAGUGACUGAAUUGGUGGACCAGGAGAUGUUGCCAGACUUUGAGCUGGAUGCUGAACUCAGAAGAACUCUGGUAGUUAGAGUUCGUGCUUCAAUCCGUAUGUUUGUUCCUAUCAAGGGUCGUCCUGUCCCUGAAGUCACAUGGAGUAAAGAUGAUGCUAACCUGAAAACACGUGCACAUAUUGACAACACAGAGUCGUACACUCUUCUGGUUAUUCCUGACUGCACAAGAUAUGAUGCUGGAAAAUACCACCUUUCUCUAGAGAAUGUUGCUGGAAAGAAGACUGGGUUUGUUAAUGUGAAAGUUCUGGAUACACCGGGACCACCAGUCAAUCUCAAACCUAGAGAGAUCACGAAGAACAGCAUCACCCUACAGUGGGAAAUUCCCAUUAUUGACGGUGGUUCUAAGAUUCGUAACUACAUUAUUGAGAAAAGAGCAGCCACUAAGAAGGCCUACACAGUGCUUAGCACCACAUGGCAGAAGUGUUCCUUCAAGAUUCCAGACCUCGAGGAGGGAGCUUACUACUAUUUCCGUGUCUCAGCUGAGAAUGACCUGGGUGUGGGUGAGCCAGCUGAAACCCCAGAGCCAAUCAGGGUAUCCCAGGCCCCCUCUGCCCCAGAAAAUUUGUAUGUCACCGAUGUUACCUCUGAUAGUGCCAGCCUUGCAUGGACCAAGCCUUUGCAUGAUGGUGGCAGCUUGAUCACUGGGUAUGUCAUUGAGGCUCAAAAGAAGGACACUGAUCAGUGGGUCCAUGUGGCCACCAUUAAGGCUCUGGAUUAUACUGUUACAGAUCUAAUUGAGGGUGCUGAAUAUACCUUCCGUAUAAUGGCAGUCAAUGCAUCAGGCAGGAGUGAUCCCCGUGAGAGCAGACCAGCUGUUAUCAAAGAGCAGACUUCUGCUCCUUCAUUUGACCUGCGUGGGGUCUACCAGAAAACGAUCAUUGCUAAGGCAGGAGAUCGGUUGAAGGUGGAGAUUCCAGUGUUGGGCAAACCAAGGCCUGUGGUUUCAUGGAAGAAAGGAGAUACAGUGCUCAAGGAGACACAAAGACUCAACAUUGAAACCACACCAACAUCAACUAUUCUCAACAUCAAUGAGAUAAAAAAGAAAGAUGGAGGCCAGUAUUCUAUGACUGGUAAAAACAUGCUGGGGGCAAUGACAGAGACAAUCACAAUCCUGGUUCAUGACAUUCCUGGACCUCCAACUGGUCCUAUUAAGCUGGAAGAAAUUUCAUGUGAUUAUGUGCUGAUGUCCUGGGACCCACCAGAAAAUGAUGGAGGGGUUCCUAUUAACAACUAUAUUGUUGAGAUGCGGGAGACCACUGGUACUUCAUGGGUAGAGCUGGCAGCUACAGUCAUCCGCACCACAUUUAAGGCAGCCAGACUCACUACAGGAACUCAGUAUCAGUUCCGCAUCAAGGCCCAGAACAGAUAUGGGAUUGGACCAAGCAUUAUCUCUGAACCAGUGGUAGCUGUCUAUCCAUUUGAUGUACCAAGCCAGCCUGGCACUCCCGUGGUCACCUCUUUCAACAAGGAUGCUAUGACCCUUAGUUGGAAUGAGCCAUCCUCUGAUGGAGGUAGUGCCAUUCUGGGCUAUCAUGUGGAAAGGAAAGAGAAAAACAGUAUUCUGUGGCAGAGGAUCAGCAAAGCCCUUGUUGUUGGAAAUCUGUUUAAAUCAACGGGCCUUAUUGAUGGAAUUGCAUAUGAACACCGUGUUAUUGCUGAAAAUAUGGCUGGUCUCAGCAAAGCCAGCAAACCCUCUGAGCCCAUGUAUGCUUUGGACCCAGUUGAUCCACCAGGCAGGCCAGUAGCACUAAAUAUUACUAGGCAUGAAGUGACCUUGUCAUGGACCAAGCCAGAGGGAGAUGGAGGAUUUUCUAUUACUGGAUACACCGUAGAGAGGAGGGAGAUGCCCAAUGGACGUUGGCUCAAAGCAAACUUCAACAACAUUCUGGAAACUAUCUACACAGUCAGUGGUCUAACUGAAGAUGCAACCUAUGAAUUCCGUGUGUUUGCUAGGAACUCAGCUGGUGCUGUUAGUGCUCCAUCCCAGUCAUCUGAAGCAAUCUUGUGCAGAGAUGACAUUGAAGAGCCCCGGCUUGAUGUAGAUGCAUCAUAUAGCAGCACUGUUGUUGUCAUGGCAGGAGAGGUAUUCAAGCUGGAAGCCAGUGUAACUGGAAGGCCAAUCCCAUCUCUGGUAUGGACCAAAGAAGGAAAGGAGCUUGAGGAUACAGCCAAAAUUGAGAUAAAAACAUCCGAGUUCCACACAACUUUAACAAACAAAGAUUCGCUCAGGAGGGAUGGUGGUGCUUUCACUUUGAUUGCCAGCAAUCCUGGUGGCUUUGCUAAGUUCAUAUACAAUGUCAAGGUGUUAGAUAGACCAGGACCUCCCAACUCCCUCACUGUAACAGAUGUCACUGCUGAGAAAUGUGUCCUUAAUUGGCUCCAUCCAACACAUGAUGGUGGUGCCAAGAUUGAGUACUUUAUCAUUCAGAGACGAGAGACCAGCAGGUUGGCUUGGACAAAUGUGGCCACAGACCUUCAAGCUAAUAGGUUCAAGGUCACCAAGCUUCUAAAGGGCAAUGAAUACAUUUUCAGAGUUAUGGCUGUUAACAAGUAUGGUGUGGGUGAACCUGUGGAGUCGGAACCUGUCAUCUGUGCCAACCCCUAUGUACCCAGUGACCCACCACAGCAACCUGAAGUCACCAUAAUCACCAAGGACUCUAUGGUUGUCUGCUGGGAUCGCCCUGAACAUGAUGGUGGCAGUAGAAUAAACACAUACAUAAUUGAAAGACGGGACAAAACUGGCCUGCGCUGGGUGAAGUGCAACAAGAGGACUGUAACUGACUUGCGAUUCAAAGUCUCAGGCCUCACACCAGGGCAUGAAUAUGAAUUCAGAGUUCUUGCUGAGAAUAAUGCUGGGCUAAGUCAGCCCAGUCCUUCCAGUCCAUUCUACAAAGCCAUUGACACCAUCUUCCAACCUGGACCCCCAGGGAACCCCAGAGUGCUGGACACAACCAAGUCUUCUAUCACACUUGCAUGGAACAAGCCUGUCUAUGAUGGUGGUUCAGAAAUCACUGGUUACAUAGUGGAGACCUGCCUGCCUGAGGAGGAUGAAUGGACAAUUCACACUCCCAAGAAUGGUUGGACUGCCACUUCUUUCACCAUCACCAAUUUGAGGGAAAACCAAGAGUAUAAAAUCAAUAUUUCUGCAACUAAUUGUGAAGGAGUGGGAGAGCCUGCAGCUGUUCCUGGAACACCCAAGUCUGAAGACAGACUAGUUCCUCCAGAAAUUGAACUUGGAGCAGAACUACGUAAGGUGGUCUGCAUCAGAGCCUGCAGCACACUCAGACUUUUUGUCCCUAUCAAGGGAAGACCAGCACCUGAAAUAAAAUGGUCUAGAGAGCAUGGGGAAUCUCUAGAUAAAGCUAACAUUGAAAUCACCUCAUCAUUCACCACUCUUCAGGUAGAGAAUGUUGACAGAUUUGAUGGGGGUAAAUACAUUGUGACUGUAGAGAAUGCCUCAGGAAGUAAGACAGCCUUUGUUAAUGUCAGAGUGCUAGACAGUCCUGGAGCACCUCAGAAUCUGAUUGUCAGGGAGGUCACUAGAGAUUCAGUUUCUCUUGCUUGGGAUGCUCCUGUCAUUGAUGGUGGUUCCAGAGUCCGCAAUUACAUCGUGGAGAAGCGUGAAUCAACCAGAAAGGCUUAUUCAACUGUGUGUGCCAGCUGCCAUAAGUCAAGUUGGAAAGUUGGAGACCUAGAGGAGGGAAAGAUGUACUUCUUUAGAAUUUUGGCUGAGAAUGAAUAUGGCAUUGGCCUCCCAGUAGAGACUCUUGAACCAAUUAAAGCAUCAGAGAGGCCUCUUCCCCCAGGCAAAGUGUCUCUCCGUGAAGUUACCAGCAAAAGUGUCACAUUAAGUUGGGAAAAGCCUGACCAUGACGGUGGAAGCAGAAUCACUGGCUAUAUAGUUGAGAUGCAGGGAAAAGGCAGUGAGAAGUGGACCCAGGUUAUGGUUGUAAAAAGCAAUGAAGCUCAUGUUACUGGCCUUACACAGGGAGAGGAGUAUACAUUCCGUAUUUCAUCCAUUAAUGAAAAGGGAGUCAGUGACCCCCGCCCUCUCAAUGUGCCUGUGGUUGCCAAGGAUCUGGUCAUCUCACCAACCUUCAAAGUUCUUUUCAGCACAUUUAGUGUGCUAGCAGGGGAUGAUCUGAAAAUAGAUGUACCAUAUGCUGCCCAUCCCAAGGCUACAGCAACUUGGCUCAAAGAUGGUGUUGCUCUCAAAGAGACGACAAGAGUGAAUGCAGAUGCCACAGACAAAAAUCUUCUCCUGGUUAUUAAGGAGGCUUGCAGAGAUGAUGUGGGAACAUAUACUGUCAAACUUACUAACACAGCUGGAGAGGCAUCUACAGAUAUCAGUGUUAUUGUUUUAGAUAAGCCUGGCCCUCCAACUGGCCCAAUUAAGCUAGAUGAGGUCACUGCUGAUAGCGUGAUCCUGUCCUGGGAUCCACCUCAGUAUGAUGGCGGUUGUGCCAUCAAUAAUUACAUCGUUGAGAAGAGAGACACAUCUACCACUAACUGGCAGAUUGUGUCAGCUACAGUAGCCAGAACCACUAUCAAGGCAGCACGUCUGAAAACUGGAUCUGAGUACCAAUUCAGGAUUGCUGCAGAGAACAGAUAUGGCAAAUCUUCAGCCCUGUUAUCUGAUACUAUUGUUGCUCAGUAUCCUUUUGAGGUUCCUAGUUCACCACGUUCUGUUACCGUUCAGUCAACCACCAAGGAAAGUAUGGUGGUUGUAUGGGAAAAACCCAGCAAUGAUGGUGGAAGCAAGAUUUUGGGAUACCAUUUAGAGCUAAAAGAGAGAAACAAUAUAUUGUGGGUGAAACAGAACAAACAACUUGUCCCAGAAACUAGAUUCAAGGUUAUUGGCCUGGAGGAGGGUAUUGAAUAUGAGUUCAGAGUUUAUGCUGAGAACAUUGUUGGCCUCAGCAAAGCCAGCAAAGUGAGUGAAAUACAAGUUGCCCGAGAUCCUUGUGACAGACCAGGAAAACCAGAAGCUGUCAUUGUAACACGGAACCAAGUGACACUAAGAUGGACAAAACCCCAAUAUGAUGGUGGAAUCAAGAUCACAGGUUAUGUUAUUGAGAAGAAGGAGGGAGCUGGUCGCUGGAUGAAGGCCAGUUUCACUAACAUCACUGAAACAGAAUUUGUUGUCACAGGACUUAUUGAGAAUCAGACUUAUGAAUUCCGUGUCAUUGCCAAAAAUGCAGCAGGUGUUUUUAGCCAGCCAUCUGAUUCUACUGGAGCCAUCACUGCCAAGGAUGAGGUGGAUCCACCCAAAAUUGACUUGGAAGUUAAAUACUCCCAAACUGUGGUAGUUAAUGCUGGAGAGACAUUUAAACUUGAGGCUGCUGUUUACGGUAAACCUGUACCCACAAUUCAUUGGCUGAAAGAGGGCCAGGAGAUCACCGAAGCAGCUCGCUUAGAGCUUAAGAACACAGAUUUUACAGCUUGUCUUGUUGUUAAAGAAGCCAUCCGUGUUGAUGGAGGUCAGUACAUACUUCUAGUAAAGAAUGUUGGAGGAGAGAAAUCUGUUAACAUUAAUGUUAAGGUUUUAGAUAGACCUGGUGCACCCGAAGGCCCUAUAUCCAUUUAUGGUGUCACUAAUGAAAAAUGCUCAAUUUCCUGGAAACCUCCCUUGCAAGACGGAGGAAGUGAUGUUUCCCAUUAUAUUGUUGAGAGGAGGGAAACCAGCAGAUUGGUUUGGACUGUAGUUGAACCAAAAGUUCAGACACUGAACUUGAAGAUCACCAAAUUACUUCCUGGUAAUGAAUAUAUUUUCAGAGUGAUUCCUGUUAACAAAUAUGGAGUUGGAGAGCCACUGGAAUCUGAGCCAAUGGUUGCCAGGAAUCCAUUUGUCACUCCCAACCCACCAACAAAUGUGGAAGUUUCCACAAUCACCAAAGACUCUAUGGUGGUGACCUGGGAGAGACCAACUAAUGAUGGUGGCAGCCCAAUCCAGGGAUACAUUGUUGAGAAACGUGACAAGGAUGGUGUGCGAUGGACUAGAUGCAACAAGCGCAAUAUUAGUGAGCUGCGCUUUAGAGUUACCGGGCUUCUUGAAAACCAUAGCUAUGAAUUCAGAGUUGCUGCUGAGAAUGCUGCAGGUGUUGGCAUGCCUAGUGCACCAACAGUGUACUACAAAGCACUGGAUCCUGUCUUCAAACCAGGCCCACCAAACAACCCCAAGGUGGUAGACACAUCUAGAUCCACUGUUUCUCUAACAUGGGGCAAACCCAUCUAUGACGGUGGCUGCGAGGUUCAGUCUUACAUUGUAGAGGCAUGUAAUGGUGCAUCUGAUGAGUGGUUUAUGUGUACUCCACCAACUGGAAUCAUGGACACAAAAUAUACUGUGAAAAAACUUCUGGAAAAGCAUGAGUACCAAUUUAGAGUGUGUGCAAUCAACAAGGUUGGUGUUGGUGAGCAUGCUGAUGUUCCUGGAAAAAUUCUUUUGGAGGAGAAACUUGAAGCACCUGAUCUUGAUCUUGAUGCAGAUAUGAGAAAGAUGAUCAACAUCAGAGCAGCAAGUACGCUCAGAUUGUUUGUUCCUGUAAGGGGUCGUCCAGCUCCAGAGGUGAAAUGGGGCAAGGCUGAUGGUGAGAUUAAGGAGACUGCUCAGAUUGACAAUACAGGCAACUAUGCAUCACUUGUCAUUGAGAAUGUUGACAGAUUUGAUAGUGGCAAGUACACCCUGACUGCUGAGAAUGCUAGUGGAGUAAAAUCAGUCUUCAUAAGUGUCAGAGUGCUGGACUCCCCUAGUCCACCAACUAACUUCGUGGUGAAAGAGAUUACCAAGAAUUCUGUCACUCUCACAUGGGAGCCUCCACAUCUGGAUGGUGGCUCAAAGAUUAAGCACUAUAUUGUUGAAAAGCGUGAGAGCACCAGGAAAGUGUACUCUCCCAUCACGACAUGCAACAAGAUGUCAUGGAAAGUUGAACCUCUUCCAGAGGGUGGAAUCUUUUUCUUUAGAGUAUUGGCUGAGAAUGAAUAUGGUGUGGGUCUCCCUGCUAAAACUACAGAACCAGUUAAGAUAUCUGAGAAACCUCAGCCACCUGGCAAGGUCAGUGUUGUUGAUGUUACUCACAGCACUGUAACUUUAACUUGGGAAAAGCCUCUGCAUGACGGUGGUAGUAGAAUCACCCACUAUGAAGUUGAACUAGCUCCCAAGGACAGUGAAGCUUGGUCUAUAUGUGCUAGUGUGAAAGCACUGGAAACAUUAGUGACAAACCUUCUCAAGGGAGAGGAGUACCAGUUCAGAGUUGUUGCUGUAAAUGAUAAGGGCAAAAGUGACCCACGACAGUUGGCUCAUUCUGUUGUAGCAAAGGACCUUGUUAUUGAACCUGCUGUUAGACCCAAGGCAAGUUCUUACAGUGUCCAGGUGGGGUAUGACCUCAAGUUAGAGGUCCCGGUCGCUGGUCACCCUAAACCAAUUAUCACCUGGACCAAAGAUGGCGUAGCCCUUAAGCAGACUACCAGAGUCAAUGUCACCGACUCAGCACAAACUACCACUCUUACCAUAAAGGAUGCUACCAGAGAAGAUGGAGGUAUGUACACUAUCGGUGUCUCCAAUGACCUUGGUUCAAAGGAUGCCACUGUAGAGGUGAUCACCUUGGACAAACCAGGCCCACCCACAGGCCCUGUAAAGUUGGAGGAUAUCAGUGCUGAGAGCAUCACCCUCAGCUGGGAACCUCCUACAUACACAGGUGGUUGUCCAAUCUCAAACUAUGUGGUGGAGAAGAAAGACACAACCACAACAAACUGGUCGGUUGUGUCUGCCACUGUGGCUAGAACCACUCUAAAAGUCAGCAAUCUGAAGACAGGCACUGAGUACCAGUUCAGAAUCUAUGCUGAAAAUAGAUAUGGAAAGAGCUAUGCAAUUGAUUCACAGCCUGUUGUGGCACAGUAUCCAUUCCAGGAGCCAGGACCACCAGGAACACCAUUUGUUUCUUCAUACACUAAAGACUACAUGGUAGUUGAGUGGCAUAAACCCCCAAGUGAUGGUGGCAGUGCCAUCUUGGGCUACCAUCUGGAAAGAAAAGAAAGGAACAGUAUCCUCUGGACAAAGAUAAACAAAAUGCUCAUCCAAGAUUGUAGAUUCAAAUCUACUCCACUCGAGGAAGGCAUUGAGUAUGAGUAUAGAGUCUAUGCAGAGAACAUUGUUGGCAUUGGUGAAUGUAGCAAAGUGUCUGAGGUUUAUGUUGCCCGUGAUCCAUGUGAUCCUCCUAGCCGUCCUGAGGCUGUGAUUGUGACCAGGCACUCAGUGAAACUCAAGUGGAACCCCCCGGCGUACAAUGGUGGGAGUUUAGUUACAGGUUAUCUAGUAGAGAAACGUGAUCUUCCUGAAGGAAAAUGGAUGAAGGCUAGCUUCACAAACAUCAUUGAACACGAAUUCACAGUUACUGGCCUCACAGAAGAUAGCAAAUAUGACUUCAGAGUAAUUGCAAAGAAUGCUGCAGGUGCCGUUAGCAAGCCCUCUGAGAGCACAGGAUCCAUAACUGCUAAGGAUGAAGUUGUACCACCUAAGAGUGAGACAGAUCCUAUGUACAACCAGACCAUUGUUAUAAAUGCAGGAGAGACAUUCAAUCUUGAGGCCAGUGUGGAAGGAAAGCCUAUUCCAACUGCUCAGUGGUUCAAGGGGAAUCUUGAAGUUGAAAACUCAGCAAGAGCGGAGAUCAGAAACACAGAUUUUAAAGCUUUGCUUGUUGUAAAGGAUGCUAUCAGAGUUGAUGGUGGACAGUAUACUCUGGUUCUCACAAAUGUGGCAGGAAGUAAGACUAUCCCCUUCAGUGUGAAGGUUCUGGACAGACCAGGGCCUUCAGAAGGACCUCUUACUAUCAGCAAUGUUACUGAGGAAAAAUGCUCACUGUCGUGGCUGCCACCCAGGCAUGACGGAGGCGCCAGCAUUUCUCACUACAUCAUUCAGAAAAGAGAAACUAGCCGCUUGGCAUGGACUGUGGUCUGCAGUGAUUGUAAAGCUACCAUGUUUAAAGUUACAAAACUACUGAAGGGAAAUGAGUACAUCUUCAGAGUCAUGGCUGUCAACAAAUAUGGCACAGGUGAGCCGCUUGAAUCAGCACCAGUUAUCAUGAGAAAUCCAUUUGUUCCACCUGGAGCACCUCAGGAUCUUGAGAUCACAAAUAUCACCAGGGAUUCUAUGACUGUAUGUUGGAACCGUCCUGAGACAUCAGGAGGCAGUGACAUUGUUGGCUACAUUGUUGAGAAGAGAGACAGAGCAGGAGUGAGGUGGACCAAGUGCAACAAACGCAGAGUGACAGACUUGCGUUUCAGAGUAACAGGACUGACUGAGGACCAUGAAUAUGAAUUCAGGAUAUCUGCUGAGAAUGCAGCUGGAGUGGGCCAGCCAAGUCCAUCGACAACCUAUCUUAAAGCAUGUGACCCCACCUUCGAGCCAGGCUGUCCCACCAAUGUCCAUGUGGUAGACACUACUAGAGACUCCAUUUGUCUGGCUUGGCACAGACCUAUCUAUGAUGGUGGCUGUGAGAUUCAAGGCUACGCUGUGGAAAUAACCAAGGCUGAUGAGGAGGAAUGGGCCAUAUGCACCCCACCUUGUGGAGUCAAUGCUACCAAGUUUACUAUCAAAAAGUUGAUUGAACACCAAGAAUACAAAGUCCGCAUUUGUGCCAUCAACAAGGUGGGUGUUGGUGAGCCCACUGAGAUUCAGGGAGUCGUCAAACCUAUGGAUAAAAUUGACCCUCCAGAAGUGAUUCUGGAUUCAGAGCUCAGGAAGGGAAUAGUUGUCCGUGCAGGAGGCUCGAUGAGAGUCUGCAUUCCAUUCAAAGGCCGUCCUACUCCUGAGAUAAACUGGGCCAAAGAGGAUGGAGAGUUACCCAGUAAAGUUCAGGUUGAGACUGGUGAAGAUUACACACAGCUCUCAAUUGAAAUCUGUGACAAAUAUGAUGCUGGAAAGUACGUGCUCAAUUUAGAAAACAGUGCUGGCACCAAAUCAGCUUUUGUUUCCGUUAAGGUGCUAGACACUCCAGGGGCUCCUUUAAACCUAACAGUAACAGACAUCAAGAGGGAAAGUGUGACUCUGACCUGGGAGCCUCCUCUUAUUGAUGGUGGUGCAAGAAUCAAGAAUUACCUUGUUGAAAAGAGGGAGUCCACAAGGAAGGUUUACUCUAAUGUGGACAACAAGUGCACAAAGACAAGCUAUCGUAUAACUGGCCUGACAGAGGGAACUAUAUAUUAUUUCAGAGUCUUAGCAGAGAAUGAGUUUGGUGUGGGACAGCCAGCUGAGACAGAAGAAUCAGUAAAAACAUCUGAGCCCCCCCUGCCUGUGGGUAAGGUCACAUUGACCGAAGUGACAAAAACAACUGCUUCACUCUCCUGGGAGAAGCCAGAUCAUGAUGGAGGUAGCAGAAUAAUUGGUUACUACAUUGAGAUGCAGCCUGUUGGCUCAGAGGAAUGGGUGGUAGCUGCCACAUGCAAAACUUGUGAAGGCACUGUCACAGGCCUCAGUGCAGGACAUGAGUACCUAUUUCGAAUCUUAGCCUUCAAUGAGAAGGGCAAGAGUGACCCUAGACCUUUGGCUGCGCCAGUCACUGCUAAAGAUAUAACCAUUGAACCCAAAUUCAAGAUUCAAUUUAACACUUAUAGUUUACAGCACGGUGAGGAUUUGAAGAUUGAGAUUCCAGUGAUUGGACGACCUGUUCCCAAGGUUGAAUGGAAGAAGGAUGGACAAGCUCUUAAAGAGACAACAAGAAUUAAUGUUUCCAGCACAUUGUCAUGCACUAAGCUGUACAUCAAAGAUGCAAAUAAGGACGACUCUGGCAAAUACACUGUCACAGCCACCAGUAGCAUUGGAACAGCUACAGAGGAGAUUACUGUUAUUAUUCUUGAUAAGCCUGGGCCACCCACGGGCCCUGUAAAGAUAGAAGAGGUGAGCUCUAAUUAUGUCACUCUCUCUUGGGAGCCACCAGAGUAUACCGGAGGCUGUCCCAUCAAUAAUUACAUCGUGGAGAAGAGAGAUACUACCACCACAGCAUGGCAGAUUGUUUCUGCUACUAUUGCCAGGACAACCAUCAAAGUCACCAAGUUGAAGACUGGUGUUGAAUAUCAAUUCAGAGUGUCAGCUGAAAAUAGAUACGGGAAGAGUUCUGCAAUUGUCUCUCCUGCUGUUAUUGCUCAGUAUCCAUUUAGUGAGCCUGUGGCCCCAGGAACACCAGUCAUUUCUUCUGUAACCAAGGAUAGCAUGGUCGUUGAGUGGAAACCUCCUACCAACAAUGGGGGCAGUCCAAUUCUUGGCUAUCACCUUGAGAGAAAAGAAAAGAAUAGCCUCUUGUGGACUAAAUUAAACAAGCUUCUAAUCCCAGACACACGUUUCAGAACUACAGAACUUGAAGAAGGUAUUGAGUAUGAAUUCAGGGUUUAUGCUGAAAACGUUGCUGGUCUCAGCCCAGCUAGCAAGCUGUCUGAGAGCACAGUAGCAAGGGACCCUUGUGACUCACCAGGAACUCCUGAGCCUAUUGAAAUCACCAGAAACCAUGUGACACUCCAGUGGACCAAGCCCCAGUAUGAUGGAGGGAGUGCAAUUACUGGCUAUGUGAUUGAGAGAAGGAAGCACCCAGACACCCGCUGGAUGAAGGCCAGCUUCACUAACAUCAUUGAUACACAAUUUACACUUACUGGUCUGACUGAAGACUGUGUGUAUGAGUUCAGGGUCAUUGCCAGAAAUGGUGCUGGGAUUUUGAGCCAACCCUCUCAGAGCACAGGGGAAAUUACUGCCAAAGAUGAAAUUGAGGCUCCAGCAGCCACCAUGGAUUCGAAAUUCAAGGAUAUGACUAUUGUUCACGCAGGUGAGACAUUUGUCAUUGAUGCUGACUAUACUGGAAAACCUUUGCCUGAGGUCAUUUGGUUAAAGGAUGGAAAAGAGAUUGACAAAGCCACACCAAGAAUGGAAAUCAAGACUACCCUUACACGUACCAUCCUGACAGUCAAGGAUUGCAUCAGAGUGGAUGGUGGCCACUUUGUCCUCAAGCUUAUUAAUGUGGGAGGAGUCAAGAUGAUCCCAGUUAAUGUCAAAGUUCUGGAUAGACCUGGGCCUCCAGAUGGACCUCUAGAAGUCAAAGGGGUCACAGCUGAGAAAUGUUAUCUGCAUUGGAAUCAUCCCUCACAUGACGGAGGAGCUGGCAUCUCUCACUAUAUCAUUGAGAAGAGAGAGACUAGUCGUUUGUCAUGGACUAUGGUUGAGCCCAAGAUUCAGGCAAUCAGCCACAAAAUCACAAAACUAUUGCCUGGCAAUGAAUAUAUCUUUCGAGUUACUGCUGUAAAUAAAUAUGGUGUUGGCGAGCCUUUAGAAUCAGAAGCUGUUGUUGCUCGUAACCCUUUCACCACUCCCAGUGCCCCCUCAAACCUUGAGGUCGGUGCCAUCACUAGGGACUCCAUGGUGCUUUCCUGGGAGAGGCCCAAUGAUAAUGGAGGUGCAGAGAUUGAGGGAUAUGUCCUUGAAAAACGUGAUAAAGAUGGUAUCAGAUGGAGUAAAUGCAACAAGAAGAGGCUGAAUGACCUGCGAUUCAGAUGCACUGGUCUCACAGAGGGCCACUCAUAUGAAUUCAGGGUUUCGGCUGAAAAUGCUGCUGGUGUAGGAAAGCCUAGUGCACCAACUCCGUACAUCAAGGCCUGUGAUGCCACUUAUCCACCUGGACCCCCAAAUAAUCCAAAGGUCACUGACCAUUCAAGUACCACAGUUUCCCUUUCAUGGUCCAGGCCUAUAUAUGAUGGUGGUGCACAGAUCACUGGGUAUAUUAUUGAAAUGAAAGAGGCAACAGAUGAUGAAUGGAUCAUUAGCACACCACACACUGGCGUCCAAGCCACUAACUACACAGUAAAGAAACUUAAGGAGAAUGCGGAAUACAACUUCCGCAUAAGUGCUGUUAAUUGUGAGGGAGUAGGAGAACAUGUAGAUUUGCCUUGUUCUGUGAUUGCUGCAGAGAAGCUGGAGGCUCCUGAAAUUGAACUAGAUUGUGACCUAAGAAAGAUGGUCAACGUCCGUGCCUCUGCUACCUUGCGUCUGUUUGUGACAACCAGAGGGAAGCCUGAGCCUGAAGUCAGAUGGUCAAAGGCUGAUGGCACUCUAAAUGAACGUGCCCAGAUAGAAGUCACAAGCUCUUACACAAUGCUGGUGAUUGAGAAUGUUGACAGAUUUGACACUGGCAAAUAUGUGCUGACCCUUGAAAACCUCAGUGGCUCUAAAUCAGCCUUUAUCAACGUCAGAGUUCUGGAUUCUCCUAGUGCUCCUACUAACCUCGGAGUUAAGGAUGUUAAAAGAAAUUCUGUCUCUCUCUCCUGGGAGCCUCCUCUAAUUGAUGGUGGGGCUAAGAUAUCACAUUAUAUAGUGGAGAAGAGAGAACAGAAGAGAAUGGCUUUCACCAGUGUUUGCACUAACUGCGUCAGAAACUCCUACAUUAUUUCAGACCUGCAGGAAGGAGGCCGAUACUAUUUCCGUGUGUUAGCUGUGAAUGAACUCGGAGUAGGUCUGCCUGCAUCCACAGAUCAAGUUAAGGUGUCUGAGCCUCCUCUGCCUCCUGGUAAGAUUGUGGUUGUUGACAUUACUCGUCAUGCUGUUACACUCUCUUGGGAGAAACCUGAUCAUGAUGGAGGCAGUAAGAUUACAAACUAUAUUGUGGAGAUGCAGCCCAAGGGAGAUGACAAAUGGACGGUGUGCAGUGAAGUCAAAGCACUUGAAGCUACCAUUGAUGGACUCACAACUGGAGAGGAAUACUCCUUCAGGGUAACUGCUGUGAAUGAUAAGGGUAGAAGCGAUGCUAAGCCUCUGGCUACUCCUGUGGUGGUAAGGGACAUCACGAUGGAGCCCAUCAUCAACCUGUUAUUCACCACAUACAGUGUAAAAACAGGAGAUGAUUUGAAGAUUGACGUUCCCUUCAAAAGCAGACCACAGCCUGAGGUGUGCUGGAAGAAGGAUGGCCAAGUGCUUAAGCAGACAACCAGGGUAAAUGUUCUCAAUUCAAAAACCUCAUCUAAGAUUGUCAUCAAGGAUGCCACGAAGGAGGAUGUAGGGAAGUAUGUGAUUACCCUGACUAACUCAGUUGGUACCAAGUCAGCUGAAAUCUCUGUUAUAAUCCUGGAUAAACCUGGACCACCUAGUAACAUUAAGGUUGAUGAGGUGAGCGCUGACUUUAUUUCUCUGUCUUGGGAUCCUCCAACCUAUGAUGGUGGUUGUCAGAUUAACAACUAUGUAGUUGAGAAGAGAGACACUACUACUACAACAUGGCAAAUCGUGUCAGCCACAGUGGCCAGAACAUCAAUAAAGGUUUCUCGACUUACUCAGGGGACAGAGUACCAGUUCCGCAUUGCAGCUGAGAACCGUUAUGGGAAGAGUCCUGCCAUAGAUUCUGCUCCUGUUGUUGCUCAGUAUCCAUUUGAGCCUCCUGGCCCUCCAACCCAACUUCAUGUUGUCCAUGCCACCAAAACUGGGAUGCUCGUGGUAUGGGGCAGACCUGCAAGUGAUGGUGGAAGUCCUGUUAUUGGUUAUCACAUUGAAAGCAAAGACCAAAGCAGCAUCUUGUGGACCAAGGUCAACAGAGGUCUGGUGACUGAGAACCAGUUUAAGAUGACAGGAAUGGAAGAAGGUCUGUUGUAUCAGUUCAGAGUGUAUGCUGAGAAUAUUGCUGGAAUUGGUCCAUGCACUAGGGCAAGUGACCCUGUGGCAGCCAGGGAUCCAUGUGAAUCUCCACAUAACCUUAGAGUCACAAACAUCACUAGAAAUUCAGUUUCUCUUUUUUGGGAAAGACCUGAAUAUGAUGGCAGUGCAAAAAUUACUGGCUACAUUGUUGAGCGUCAAGAGCUUCCCAAUGGUCGCUGGCUGAAAUGCAACUUCACCAAUGUUCAAGACACUUACUUCGAUGUCACUGGUCUCACAGAAGAUGUCCGGUAUGAUUUCCGUGUUAUUGCUAAAAAUUCUGCAGAGCAAUUGAGUGCUCCUUCAGAAAGCACUGGACCCGUCACUGUCAAAGAUGAUGUAGAUCCUCCCACCAUUAUACUGGAAGAUAAAUUCAGACAGUUGGUUGUCAUUAAGGCUGGAGAAAUCAUUAGAAUUGAUGCCGAAAUUACUGGGCGUCCACUCCCAGUUGUUUCAUGGUCUAAGGAUGGUAAGGAGAUUGAGGCCAAGGCUAGAUGUGAAAUCACAUCCACUAACUUCACAACCACGCUCAUUGUCAAAGAUGCUAUCAGAAGGGACUCUGGACAGUAUGUUCUUACUCUGCACAAUGUAGCUGGAACCAGAUCUGUGGCUAUCAACUGUAAGGUUCUGGACAGACCUGGACCUGCAUCAGGACCUUUAACAGUUUCUGGUCUCACAGCAGAGAAAUGCACCCUGUCAUGGGGACCACCUCAGGAAAAUGGUGGUGCUGAAAUUAUGCACUACAUUGUUGAGAAACGUGAGACCAGUCGUCUUGCCUGGACUCUUGUCUAUGGUGACAUGAAGGCAACUACCUGCAAAGUGACUAAACUGCUCAAAGGAAAUGAGUACAUCUUCCGAGUUAGGGGAGUCAACAAAUAUGGAGAUGGUGAAAGCCUGGAGAGUGAGCCAACAAAGGCCACUGAUCCAUUCACUGUCCCUUCAGCUCCCACUAAUGUCCAGGUCACCUCUGUUACAAGUGAGGCAAUGACCAUUUGCUGGGAAAGACCUGUUUCUGAUGGUGGCAGCAGUAUUGCUGGCUAUGUAAUUGAGAAGCGAGAGAAGACUGGCCUCCGCUGGUGCCGUGUCAACAAGAAACCUGUUUAUGACCUUAGAGUGAAAGCUUCACACCUUCGCGAGGGCUGUGAGUACGAAUACAGAGUUUUUGCAGAGAAUACUGCUGGCCUCAGUGCUCCUAGCACUCCUUGCCCACUCACCAGGGCAGAAGACCCACAGUUUUUACCCUCACCUCCAGCUAAGCCUAGGAUAAUUGACUCCACAAAGACUACAGUCACCCUGUCAUGGAAUAAGCCACUUUUUGAUGGUGGAGCACCUGUGACUGGUUACAGAGUAGAAUACAGGAAGACAUUAGAUGAUGAAUGGAUUGUUGGAGUACAGAACACCAAAAACACAGAAUUUACAGUGGUGGGAUUAUCACCUGGAACUGAAUAUGUGUUUGUUGUCAAAUCCAUUAACAAGAUUGGAGUGAGUGAGCCCAGUCCUGAAUCAGACAAACAAGUUGCCAAAGAAAGAGAGGAGGAGCCAACCUUUGAUGUUAGCAAUGAAAUGAGAAAGACUCUUAUUGUAAAGGAUGGAAGCUCUUUCACAAUGAAAGUUCCUUUCAAAGGCAAACCCAUCCCUAGUGUUACUUGGGCUAAGCCUGAUGUAGACCUUAGAGUUCGUGCUGUAAUUGACACCACAGAUACCUUUACUUCCAUCACCUUAGAAAAAGCAACUCGAAAUGACUCUGGAAAAUACACUGUCACUCUAUCCAAUGUAUCUGGUACCUCCUCUUUGACGCUCACUGUCCGUGUUUUGGACUCACCUGGGCCUCCUAGUCAUAUAGAGGUCAAGGAAGUCACAAAGACCUCUGCUACUAUAACCUGGGAUACUCCUGAGAUUGAGGGAGGAGGACCAGUCAAGAAUUACCUUAUUGAUUACCGUGAGGCUAGCAAGAAAGGCUGGACUAGAUUGACUGACACAUGCCACAGACUGACAUACAAGGUGGCAGACCUGCAGGAGGGAGAAGUCUACUACUUCAGAGUGACAGGCGAGAAUGAAUAUGGUAUUGGUGUUCCUGCUGAGACCAAAGAGGGGACCAAGAUCACAGAAAAACCAAGUCCACCACCAAAACUGGGUGUAACGGAUGUGACCAAGGAAAGUGUGUCCUUGGCAUGGGCCAAGCCAGAACAUGAUGGAGGCAGCAGAAUUACUAGCUACCUAGUAGAAGCACUGGAGAAUGGACAAGAGAAGUGGGUUAAAUGUGGUACAACAAAGUCCAUCCACUUCACAGUGUCUGGUCUGAGGGAGAAUGCGGAGUACUUCUUCAGAAUCAGAGCUGAGAACUAUGCUGGAUUCAGUGAUGCUAAGGAAAUGAUUACUCCUGUAGUGGUCAAAGACCAGCUUGAAUCUCCUGAGAUCAACAUGAAGGACUUCCCCCACAAUACAGUAUAUGUUAGAGCUGGAUCUACCCUAAAAUGUGAGAUUCCAUUGACAGGCCGGCCUUUACCUAAAGUGACUCUGUCCAAGGAUAAUGUGCUGCUCAAAUCAACAAUGAGGUUUAACUCAGAAGUCACUCCUGACAGUAUCAAGAUUAGUGUGCGUGAGAGCAUUGCAGGAGACUCAGGCCGCUAUGAUAUUAUUGCCUCCAACUCCAGUGGAACCACCAAGUCCUUUGUAAAUAUUGUGGUUCUUGACCGCCCCAGUGUCCCACUUGGACCAGUGGAGCUGUAUGAUGUCACAGAAGACAGUGUAAGCUUAAAGUGGCUCCCACCAGCAUAUGAUGGUGGCAGUCCCAUCACCAACUACAUCAUCCAGAAGCGAGAGACAACUACAGCCAACUGGAUGGACGUGUCUUCAGCUGUGGCCCGUUGCACCAUGAAAAUUAUGAAGCUGACCACUGGCCUGGAGUACCAAUUCAGAAUUAGGGCAGAGAACAGAUAUGGAAUCAGUGAACAUAUUGACUCCCCAGCUGUCGCUGUCAGUCUUCCUUACACUAUACCAGAUGUGCCAUCAACUCCAGAAAUUACUGCUGUAACCAGGGAAAGCAUUACCGUUGCAUGGAAGGAGCCAAAGUCAGAUGGAGGCAGCCAUGUGUUUGGUUACCAUCUCCAAAUGAAAGACAAAAACAGCAUCCUUUGGCAGCGAGUCAACAAAACAGUGAUCCGUGCCACACACUUUAAAGUCACCAACAUAAAUGCUGGACUUAUUUAUGAGUUCAAGGUAGCAGCAGAAAACUCUGCUGGAAUUAGUGCCUUCAGCAAGAUUUCUGAUGCUGUAUUGGCUAUUGAUGCCUGCGAGCCACCCCUAUACUUGCGUAUAACUGACAUCACUAAGAACUCCAUUAGUCUGGCCUGGCAGAAGCCUGACUAUGAUGGUGGAUCCCCAAUAACUGGUUACAUCAUUGAGAAGAGAGAGGGUGUUAGCCCCAAAUGGUCUAAAGCUAACCUCACCAAUAUCACAGACACCCGCUUCAUUGUUACUGGCCUCACCCAGGAUGAAACAUAUGAGUUCCGAGUCAUGGCAAAGAAUGCAGUUGGUUCAGUGAGCAAUCCGUCUAUCACUGUGGGGCCAGCCACAUGUGUGGACACUUAUGGUGCCCCAGAGAUUGAAAUACCUCAGGAGUAUCUUAAUGAGGUCAAGCACAAGGCUGGCUCUAAUGUGGAACUCAAAUUUAAUAUAAGAGCCAAACCUGCUCCCAGUAUUGAGUGGUUUAAAGAUGGCAGAGAGCUUAAGCCUACUUCUCAGCUCUCUUUUAAACACACUUUCGAGUCCACAAGUGUGUUCGUGAAGGAAACAACUCGUCUUAACUCUGGAACCUAUGAAGUCAAGGUGAAGAACUCCCUCGGAUCUUCAUGUGCCAUUGUCAGGCUGCUCAUUCAAGAUAAGCCAGGCCCACCUGCUGGAGAGAUUCAGUUUAAGAAGGUGACAGCUGACAACAUCACCAUCAUGUGGUCACCACCUGCUGAUGAAGGUGGUGCCAUGGUGACACAUUACAUUGUAGAAAAGCGGGAGACCAGCAGGGUAAUGUGGUCGAUUGUCUCAGAGAAACUGGUUGACUGCAUUGUGAAUGUGCCCAGACUCAUAAUGGGCAAUGAGUACAUCUUUAGAGUCCGUGGAGUCAACAAGUAUGGCAUUGGAGAGCCACUGGAGUCUGAGCCCAUUAUUGCCAAGAAUGCAUUUGUACCUCCCAGCGAGCCAUCUAAGCCUAAAGUUACUAUGAUCACUAAGUCUACCAUGACAGUGAUCUGGGAAAGACCAGCGUUGGACGGAGGCAGUGAUAUUGAUGGCUACUAUCUAGAGAAAAGGGAGAAGAGGAGUCUGCAAUGGUUCAAGGUGGUGAAGGGCACUAUCAGAGACACCAGGCAGAAAGUGGCUAACCUGGUGGAGAACAAUGAGUACCAGUACAGAGUGUGUGCUGUCAACAAGGCUGGAGCAGGGAACUACUCUGAACCUUCUGAGCUCUAUAAAGCCUAUGACCCAAUAGAUCUACCAGGUGAACCCACUAAGCUGCGUGUGGUUGACUCUACAAAGACAUCUAUCACACUUGGAUGGGAGAAGCCCGUCUAUGAUGGUGGCAGCGAAAUUACACACUAUAUUUUAGAGCAGAUGAAUACAGAGGACAAAGAAUGGGUGAUUACCAACCCACAAGUCAAGACAUGUGAGUAUGUCGUGUCCCACCUCAAACCUGGCAUCUACUACUUCUUCAGAGUAUCUGCUGUCAACUGUAAAGGCAAAGGAGAAGACAUCAAAAUGUACCAGCCUGUGCAAGCCAAAGAUAUUUUAGAGGAGGCUGAUCUGGACUUGGAUGUUGCUAUGACAACUCAAUACACAGCAAAGGCUGGCCGUGAUGUGGAAGUCUUUAUCCCCCUGAAGGGUCGUCCUACACCAAAUGUCACCUGGCGCCGUGGUGACCGUAACAUGGCUGGUGAUAACCGCUACACAGUCACAAGCACUGAAAGAGCUACCACACUCCUCAUCCCCAAGGUCACCCGUGAUGACUGUGGAAAGUAUGUGCUGGAAAUUGAGAAUGGUGUUGGAGAACCUAAGAUAGUUACUGUUUCCCUCAAGGUUCUGGACAGUCCAUCCACCUGCCAGAAACUGAUGAUAAAGAAUGUCACAAGAGGAAAGCUGACACUAAGCUGGGAGCCUCCGCUCAUAGAUGGUGGCUCCCCUGUGACUAAUUACAUUGUCGAAAAGAAGGCCUCCACUAUGAAAGCUUAUCAAGUGAUUACUGAUGAGUGUUUAAAUACAAGUUACAAGGUGUCAGGGCUGGAGGAAGAUAUAGCUUACUUCUUCCGUGUGUCUGCUCAAAAUGAGUUUGGUGUGGGUGACCCUUGUGAAACCACUGAUGCUGUCCGAGCAACUGAAACUCCAGGAGCUGUUAAAGACCUAAUAAUGGUGGACUCCACAAAGAACUCUGUCACCCUUCAGUGGAGCAGACCUGACCACGAUGGUGGCAGCCACAUCACUGACUACAUCAUUGAGAAGAGAGCCCAGGAUGAAGUCAAAUGGACUUUAGCUGCUAAAUGCAAGCGGUGCAGCUGUGAAGUGACGGGACUCAAGGAAAAUGCUAUCCUGGAUUUCAGAGUGUUUGCAAAGAAUGAGAAAGGCAACAGUGACUUCUCCCAAAUUGGUCCGAUCACAGUGAUGGACCUCAUCAUUCCACCUGAAGCCAAACUGAAUGAUUAUCCCAAUGGAGAGCUUGCUGUUCGUAUAGGUCAAAACAUCCAUAUUGAGUUACCAUUCAAGGGAAAACCAAGACCUACAAUCAGCUGGCUAAAGGAUAAUUUCCCACUAAAGGAAAGUGAGAAGAUUCGCUUUAGGACCACUGACAACAAGACUUCAGUUACAGUCAGAGGGGUUAAGAAAGAACAUGCUGGACAAUACACCUUGGUUCUGGAUAACAGAGUCAUUAAGAACUACUUUGACAUCAAUGUGAUCACUCUGGGACCCCCUUCAGUCCCUACUGGCCCCAUCCGUUUUGACGAGAUAAAAGCUCAGAGUAUUAUUAUCUCCUGGGAUGAGCCGAAGGAAGAUGGAGGUGGCGAGAUCACCUGCUACAGUGUGGAGAAACGUGAAACCUCCCAGGCCAACUGGAAGAUGGUCUGCUCCAGUGUUGUCAGGACUACCUUUAAGAUUCCUAACCUGGUCAAAGGAACUCAGUACCAGUUCAGAGUCCGUGCAGAAAAUAAGUAUGGGGUCAGUGAGCCACUCAUCUCUUCAGAUGUUGUUGCCCAGCACCAGUACAAACCUCCAGGUCCUCCAGGAAAACCAGUUGCCUACAACAUCACCAGUGAUGGUAUGUCAAUAAAGUGGGAUGCCCCAGAUUUUGACGGGGGUUCCCCAGUCUUAGGUUAUCAUGUCGAGAAGAAGGACAGGAACAGCCUCUUAUGGCAGAAAGUGAAUUCCACAACCAUCUCUAACAGAGAGUACAGGAUAAUUGGUCUUGUGGAGGGUCUGGAGUACUCCUUUAGAGUCUAUGCAGAGAACAAUGCCGGACUCAGCCCUUGCAGUGAGCAGAGCAAACAUGCACUCGCUAUCUCCCCUGUUGAUCCACCUGGUACCCCAGUCUGCAUUGAUGUAACCAGAGACUCAGUCACCCUCCAAUGGGACAUUCCCAAGAGGGAUGGUGGAAGCAAAAUUGUAGCCUAUAGUGUGGAGAGGCGUCAAGGCAGAGGCAAAUGGCUACGGUGCAACUUCACUGAUAUCAGUGAGACCCAGUUCACUGUAACUGGUCUCUCACCUGGAGAAAGAAUUGAGUUCAGAGUGAUUGCCAGGAAUGCUGUUGGCACAGUCAGCCCACCAUCCAACUCCUCUGGAUACAUAAUGACCAAGGAUGAGAGCAUUGCUCCUGAGAUUGAGUGGUCUCCAGACCAGGUGCUCACCCUGAGGGCUGGAGAUAACGUCAGUCUCAGCUGCAAAAUCACCGGACGUCCAGUCCCACAGGUUCUUUGGUACAAGGAGGGUAAAGAGAUCGACAAGAGGACUAUGAUUGACAUUGAGAUUACUACUGGCAUUGGCACCAGUAGUCUGUUUAUUCGCGAUUCUAACAGGAACCACCGUGGAAUUUACACUGUAGAGGCCAAAAAUAGCUCUGGAACCAGGAAAGCUGACAUUAACGUUAGAGUCCAAGAUACCCCUGGACCCGUCGAGGGCCCAAUCCGUUUCACAGGCAUCACAGCUGAGAAGUGCACUGUGUGGUGGAGCCCACCAGAGAACGAUGGCUGUGCUGCCAUUUCUCACUAUGUGGUGGAGAAAAGGGAGACAUCCAGGAUCACUUGGGCCUUGGUCACCUCCAAGUGUGAAGCUUGCUCUUAUAAUGCCACCAACCUCAUCAAAGGCAAUGAGUACCAGUUCAGAAUCUCUGCUGUCAACAAGUUUGGUGUCGGAAAACCACUGGACUCUGAUCCUAUAAUUGCGAAGAUGCAAUACACUGUUCCUGAUGCCCCUGGUACACCAGAUGCCACCCAUGUUACUGGAGACAGCAUAACGCUGUGUUGGACCAGGCCACGGUCAGACGGAGGCAAUGAGAUUAAAUGCUACAUCCUAGAGAGGAGAGAGAAGAAGAGCUUGCGCUGGGUUAAGGUCUCCUCCAAGAGGCCCAUUACAGAGUUAAGGCACCGUGUGACCAAACUUACUGAGGGCAAUGAGUAUGAGUUCCGUGUUAUGGCUGAAAAUGGUGCUGGUGUUGGACCAGCCAGCAGCACCUCCAGGCUCUUCAGAUGCAGAGAACCAACAAGUGCUCCCAGUGCUCCCACUGUAAUCAAGGUCAUUGACUCCACUAAGUCCUCUGUCACCCUGGAAUGGACCAAGCCAGUCUUUGAUGGUGGCAUGGAAAUAAUUGGCUACAAUAUAGAUAUGUGUAAGGCCAGUCUGGAGGAGUGGCACAGAGUCAACAGACAGAUUUGUAUUCACACCAGGUAUACUGUCACAGGUCUAGUACCUGGAGAACUCUACAAGUUCAGAGUCAGUGCUGUAAAUGGAUCAGGAGAGGGCGAAGCAUCAGUGAUGCCAAACCCUGUUCAGUCUUUGGACAGACUUACAUCUCCUGAAAUUGAUCUUGGUCCUGACUUCAAGCAAACUCAUAUUGUGAAGAAUGGAGGCACUAUAACCCUACAUAUUGCUUUCCGAGGAAAGCCAGCUCCUCUAGCCACGUGGUCUAAAUUAGACAGUGAGCUUCCGAUAAUGGCUGAUAUCAACACCACAGAUUCAUUUUCCACUCUGACCAUAGAGAACUGCACCAGGUAUGAGGCAGGCAAAUACACCCUGUCCCUGGAGAACAACAGUGGGCGCAAAUCCAUCACAUUCACUGUUAAAGUACUGGAUACUCCUGGACCUCCAGGAGCCAUAACCUUCAAAGAUAUUACUCGCGGAGCCUUGACAGUGAUGUGGGACGCUCCUGCCACUGACGGUGGAUCCCGAAUCCACCACUACAUUGUGGAUAAGCGUGAAGCAAGCCGCCUUGCCUGGCAAGAAGUCAGCACCAAGUGCUCACGGCAGAUGAUCAGAGUAACUGGUCUGGAAAUUGGUGUACCGUAUUUGUUCAGAGUGAUUGCCGUUAACCAUUAUGGCCAGGGAGAACCAAAAGAGAUGACUGAGCCUAUAAUUGCCACAGAAGAACCUGCGCCACCCAAGAGAUUGGAUGUUGUUGACACAACCAAUUCCACAGCCUCACUGGUAUGGCUAAAACCCGAGCAUGAUGGAGGCAGCCGCAUUAGAGGCUAUAUUGUUGAAUUCAGGGCUAAGGGCACUGACCACUGGGUUGUUAGUGGAGAGACUAAGUCUCAGAAGAUGUUGGUAGAGGGUCUGAUUGAGAACACAGAAUAUGACUUUAGAGUUAAAGCCAAGAAUGAUGCUGGAAUUAGCGAACCUCAGGGCACCUUUAGCUCUGUGGUCAUAAAGGAGCCUUGCAUAGAACCAACUGCUGAUCUCAGCAGCAUCACCAACCAGCUCAUCACUUGCAAGACUUCCAACACCUUCACAAUUGAUGUCCCUAUCAGUGGCAGACCUGCACCUAAAGUUACCUGGAAACUGGAAGAGAUGAAGCUGAAGGAGACUGACAGAGUCUCCAUUAAGACCUCAAAGGAAAGAACCAUUUUGGUAGUGAAAGACAGCAAGAGAAGCGACAGUGGCAAGUACUACCUGACACUGGAGAAUGCUGCUGGUGUGAAGACAUUCACAGUGACUGUGGUCAUAGUUGGCAGACCAAGUCCACCCACAGGACCAGUAGAAAUUUCUGGAAUCUCUUCAGAGUCCUGCACCCUUUCUUGGUCUGAGCCAGCUGAUGAUGGUGGUACUGACAUCAGCAACUACAUUGUAGAAAAACGGGAAUCUGGCUCUGCUUCUUGGCAAGUGGUGAACUCCAGUGUGAAGAGAACCACCAUCAAAGUCACACAUCUCACCAAAUACAUGGAGUACACAUUUAGAGUCUGUGCUGAGAACAAGUUUGGAGUCAGCAAGUCCGUUGAGUCUGCCCCUGUUGUCAUUGAGCAUCCAUUUGUUCCACCAAGUCCUCCAACUCGCCCAGAUGUGAUAUCUAUAUCUGCCAAUGCCAUUAGCAUCAAAUGGGAUGUUCCAUAUGCUGAUGGUGGCAGCAAGGUGACAGGCUACUGGAUUGAGAAAAAGGAGAGGAACACGAUCCUGUGGGUGAGGGAGAACAAGCUACCCUGCCUGGAUUGCCAAUACAAGGUCUCGAACCUGAUUGAGGGGCUAGAGUAUCAGUUCAGGGUGUAUGCCAUGAACCUUGCUGGGCUCAGCAAAGCCAGCGAAGCCUCCAGACCUGUAGUGGCACUCAAUCCUGUUGAUCCUCCUGGCAAACCCGAGGUGACAGACAUCACCCGCUCUUCUGUGUCAUUGUGCUGGACAGUGCCCUUCAAUGAUGGUGGCAGUAAGAUCAUUGGUUAUGUGGUGGAGAGAAAAGUCUACAGCACAGAUGAGUGGGAUGACAACCGCUGGCUCAAGUGCAACUAUACCACAAUCACAGAGAACUACUUCACCAUCACAAACCUAGGUGAAGGAGAGACCUAUGAAUACCGUGUCGUUGCCAAGAAUGCUGCAGGUGUUCAAAGUGUCCCUUCAGAGACCACUGGACCAGUCACAUGCAAGGAUGAAUAUUCUCCUCCCAAAGCUGAACUUGACAGCAAACUGAUAGGUGAGACUGUCACUGUUACUGCUGGUUCUGACCUUGUCUUGGACGGUGCUGUGGGUGGUAAACCAGAGCCUACAGUGUACUGGUCAAAGGGUGACAAGAUUUUAGAACUUGGAGAAAAAUAUUCACUGACCUACACUGCCACUAGAGCCAUGGCUGUCAUCAAGAGCUGUGACAGAUACGACACAGGUAGAUACAUUCUAACUGUCAAGAAUGCCAGUGGAAUUAAGACGGCAGCUGUCAGCGUUAAAGUUCUAGACACUCCUGGAGCUCCAGCUGAUAGGAUUGUAAUCAGCAGAGUCACAGAGGAAAAAUGUACAGUGUCUUGGAAGAUACCUCUGGAGGAUGGUGGAGACUCUGUCACCCAUUACAUUGUGGAACGUCGUGAGACCAGCCGCCUCAACUGGGUCAUCAUGGAGACUGAGUGCAAGACCCUGUCAUGUGUCAGCACUAGGUUGAUCAAGAACAAUGAGUACAUCUUUAGGGUUAGAGGUGUCAAUAAGUAUGGGGCUGGAGUUCCUUUGGAAUCUGAUCCCAUCAUCGCCAGAAACGCUUACACAAUCCCCUCCCAGCCAGGCACACCAGAGGCGACUGCAGUGGGUAAGGAGCACGUUAUCAUCGAGUGGCUGAAGCCUGAGAGUGAUGGAGGAAGCGAGCUCAAAAACUACAUCGUUGAAAAACGAGAGAAGAACAGUAGCAGGUGGACUCGAGUGAAUAAGACCUACACCAUCUAUGACACCCGCCUGAAGAUCACAGGCCUACUGGAGGGAAGCGAGUACCAGUUCAGAGUUACAGCAGUCAACUCUGCUGGAUACAGCCAGCCAAGUGACACCUCAGUAUACAUCCUCUGUAAAGACCCCACAUACACCCCAGCUCCUCCAUCAGUGCCUCGCAUCACAGACACAACGAAACACAGCAUCACCAUGACUUGGACCAGGCCCAUGUAUGAUGGUGGAUCAGAUGUCACCGGCUACAUUGUGGAGAUCCUAGAGGAGGGUUCUGAGCAGUGGUACCGUGCCACUGCCAAAGCCCUCAAGACUAAUGAGUAUGUGGCUGCUGGUUUGGCUGCCAAUAAGAAGUACAGAUUCAGGGUUGCUGCCAUUAACAGCAAUGGGACUGGAGAGUUCAGUGAACCAAGUGCUGAAAUCGAACCACUUGAGAAAAUUGAAAUACCCGAUUUGGAGCUGGCUGAUGACCUAAAGAAAACAGUGUGCCUCCGCGCUGGAGGUACUCUGCGCCUAUUUGUGUCUGUCACUGGUCGUCCGACGCCAGUAGUGGCCUGGAGGAAGACGGGGGUGGAACUACAGAGCCGUGGUUAUAUUGAGACUACUGACAAGUACACAUCACUGGUAGUAGAGAAGGUUGAUCGCUACGACUCUGGAAAAUACAUUGUAGAGGCAGAGAACCCAUCUGGAAAAAAGACUGCCAUCAUCCUUGUUAAAGUCUAUGACACUCCUGGUCCUCCAGGUUCAGUGAAAGUGAAGGACUACACCAAGGAAUCUGUUGUGAUCACCUGGGAUGUCCCAAGCAUUGAUGGUGGUGCUCAUGUCAGCAACUAUAUUAUAGAGAAGCGUGAGGCCAACAUGAAGUCCUAUAAGACUGUUACCACUGAGUGUAGGAAAACACUGUACAGAAUCAGUGGACUGGAGGAGGGUGUGUACUACUUUUUCAGAGUCCUGCCAGAGAAUAUCUAUGGUGUCGGUGAGCCCUGUGAGACAGCGGAGGCUGUGCUGGUGUGUGAAGUGCCCUCAGUGCCUGUGAAGCUUGAGAUUGUUGAUGUUUCCAAAUCUUCUGUCACCCUGCACUGGGAGAAGCCUUUGCAUGAUGGUGGCAGCAGAUUGACAGGCUACAUUAUUGAGGCCUGCAAAGUAGGCUCCGACAGAUGGAGUGCUGUGGCGACAGUUAAGGCCUCAGUAUCCCAGCACACCAUCCAGUCUCUGACAGAAAAUGACCAGUAUCUGUUCAGAAUCCGCGCCACGAACAGCAGGGGAGCCAGUGAAUCCACUGACAUUGUCACUCCAGUGAUCAUCCAAGAGAUCAAGGUUAUGCCCAAGAUUGACAUGACAAGUAUCCCUCAGAAGAUAGUUCAUGUGAAUUGCGGCAAACCCAUUGACCUCAACAUCCCAAUAAGGGGCAGACCACAGCCAGUCUGCUCGUGGUACUUUGGUGGUGUGAAGCUGAAGGACACCCUGGACCGCAUCAAGAUUGACAGCACCAGCAAAUAUACCCAUCUCGUCAUCCGUGAGACGACCAUCUCUGACACAGGAGACUACACACUAGAGGUGAAGAAUACCAUAGGCAUGGCAACUGAAGUUAUCAAGGUUAUCAUCCUGGACAAACCGAGUAUUCCUAUGGGUCCAGUAAAGAUCGAGGAAGUCGACGGUGUUUCAGUGACAGUUAGUUGGCUACCUCCAGAGAAUGAUGGUGGUGCCAAUGUCAGCGGAUAUGUUGUUGAGCAGCGUGAUGCCCACCGGCCUGGCUGGACCACCAUCUCCGAGUCUGUGACAAGGCCUUGCUUUAAAUUCACUAGGCUCUCUGAAGGAACUGAGUACGUGUUCCGUGCUGCAGCCAUGAAUCGUUUUGGCAUUGGUGGCUUCCUGCAGUCUGAUGUGGUGGAAUGCAAGAGCGCCAAGACCAUCCCCGGACCCCCAAGCAGGCCAGAAGUGCUUGAUGUCACCCAUGAGGGCAUGACCCUGACCUGGAAACCACCUGAGGACAAUGGUGGCUCCACUAUUGCGGGCUAUAUCAUAGAACGGAAAGAGGCCCAUUCUGACAGGUGGUUGAGGAUCAACAAAAACCCUGUUACUAUGACCAGGUACCGUUCCUCCGGACUGAUUGAGGGCCUGGAGUAUGAACACCGUAUCACAGCCAUUAACUCUAGAGGGGCUGGGAAACCCAGCGAGAGUUCUGUCAUUACCAUCGCUUUAGACCCCAUUGAACCUCCAGGUCCUCCAGUUCAGGCCAGAGUCACAGACACUACCAGGACUUCUGUUUCUCUAGCUUGGCUUCCACCAGAAGAGGAGGGUGGUUCUGUCAUUACUGGCUACUUUAUUGAAAUGCAGAAGGUAGACCAGCUGGAAUGGACACUGUGUAACACAACUCCCACGAAGAUGUGCGAGUACAUCAUCACCCACAUGCCACAGGGGGCUGAAUACAAAUUUAGGAUCAUCGCCUGCAAUGCUGGUGGUUGUGGAGAAGCUGCUGAGAUUCCUGGAGUGGUUAAAGUCCAGGAGAUGCUUGAUUAUCCUGACUAUGAGCUGGAUCCUAAAUAUGAAGAGGGCUAUGUGGUCAGACAAGGUGGUGUCAUCCACCUGUCUGUACCCAUUAAGGGUAAACCCAUCCCUACAUGCAAGUGGACCAAGGAUGGUCGUGACAUCUCCCAUCGGGCCAUGAUUGCUACGCAUGAUGACAUCACUGAGCUGGUCAUCAAAGAGGCGCAUAAAGAUGACACUGGUACCUACGACUUGGUGCUGGAAAACAAAUGUGGCAGGAAGGCUGUUUAUAUCAAGGUGAAAGUGAUUGGUCGCCCAGAUGUCCCAGAAGGGCCUCUGGAAUUUGACGACAUUCAGGCCCGAUCAGUAAGAGUCAGUUGGAGGCCACCAUCAGAUGACGGUGGAGCAGACAUCCUGGGAUACAUAGUGGAAAGGCGGGAGGUACCCAAGGCUGCCUGGUAUACAGUGGAUGCUCGAGUAAUUGGGAACUCUCUAGUGGUGAAGGGCCUAAAGGAGAAUGUGGAGUACCACUUCAGGGUUGCUGCUGAGAAUCAGUUUGGUGUCAGCAGAGCUUUAAAAUCUGAAGAGUCUGUCACACCAAAGACUCCACUUUGCCCACCUGAACCUCCCAGCAACCCACCAGAGAUCAUGGAUGUUACCAAGUCCACAGUUUCUCUCUCCUGGGCCAGGCCCCGCGACGAUGGAGGCUCUCGUGUCACUGGAUAUUAUGUUGAGAGAAGGGAGGUUUCAACAGAGAAGUGGGUCCGCCACAACAAGACCCACAUCACCACCACCAUGUUCAAUGCCACUGGUCUCAUCCCUGAUGCAGAGUACAUGUUCAGAGUUGUCGCACAAAAUGACAUUGGACAGAGCGAACCUGGUCCUGCUUCUGAAUCUGUAGUCUGCAAAGAUCCAUUUGACAAACCUAACCAACCAGGAGAGAUUGACAUUGUCUCUGUCACUAAAGACUGUAUCACCAUCCACUGGCUCAGGCCUGAGCAUGAUGGUGGCAAGGAGAUCCUAGGUUACUGGAUUGAGUUCAGGCAGGCUGGAGAGAGUGCCUGGAAAAAAUGCAAUAAGGAGCGCUCGAAGGAUCGUCAGUUCACCAUGGGUGGCUUAAUGGAAGCCACUGAGUAUGAGUUUAGAGUCUUUGCUGAGAACGAGACUGGACUCAGCCGACCUCGUCGCACACCUAUGGGCAUCAAGACCAAAUUGAGUGUUGGUGAGGCUCCAGCUUUGACAGAAGACAUCCAAGAUGUAACAACUAAACUUGGCGAGUCUGGCACUCUGACCUGUGGCAUUAUUGGCAGACCUCUGCCUGAGAUUAAGUGGUACCGCUUUGGCAAGGAACUGAUCCAGAGCCGCAAGUACAAAAUGAGCUCAGAUGGUCGAAACCACUCCCUCAGCAUUCUAACAGAUGAACAGGAAGAUGAGGGCCUGUACACCUGUAGGGCAAUCAAUGAGGCUGGAGAGAUCGAGAGCAGUGGUAAACUGCGUUUACAGGCAGCUCCCCAGUUUCACCCUGGCUUUCCCCUGAAGGAAAAAUACUUUGCUGGGGCUGGCACCAGUCUCCGCCUUCAUGUCGUAUACAUUGGCCGUCCCAUCCCACAGAUCAUGUGGUUCUAUGGCAAGAAGCCUCUGAAUCCAUCUGAAAAUGUGAUCAUUGAAAACACAGAGAGCUACACCCACCUCGUGGUGAGGAAUGUUCAGAGAAAGACCAACGCUGGUCGCUAUAAGGUGCAGCUCAGCAAUUUCUUUGGAACUAUUGACACUGUGCUUCGUGUAGAAAUCCAAGACAAGCCAUGCAUGCCUGAGGGGCCCCUAAUUGUUGAAGCCCUGCUUAAGAGCUCAGUUGUCAUCAGCUGGAAGGCUCCCAAGGAUGAUGGAGGAUCAAUGAUUACCAACUACAUUGUGGAGAAACGGGAGGCCAAAGAAGGGGAACAGUGGUACCUGGUGUCCUCCUCUUUGUCUGGAACCACCUGCCGUGUCCUCAAUCUGACGGAGAAUGCUGGCUACUACUUCAGGGUUUCAGCUCAGAAUCAAUAUGGAGUCAGCGAGCCUCUAGAGAUCCCAUCAGUGGUUAUAAUCAAGAGUCCAUUUGAAAAACCUGGCAUCCCACAGCAGCCUUUCAUUAUCAGCUCCACAAAGGACUCUUGUGUUGUCUGUUGGAAGCCUCCAAGCAGCGAUGGUGGAGCUAAAAUCACAAACUACUACCUGGAGAAACGUGAGAAGAAACAGAACAAGUGGAUGUCAGUAACUACCAAGAAGAUUGCAGAGACCAACUAUGAGGUCACAGGCUUGAUUGAAGGCUUCGAGUAUGAGUUCCGUGUCAAAUGUGAGAACAUGGGCGGUGAGAGCGAAUGGAGUGAGAUUUCUGAACCCAUCAUCCCCAAGUCUGACCAGCCUCCUCGCACUCCCACAUUCAGGGAGGAGAUCAGAGACAUGACUGUCAAAUACCAUGCCAGUGCAACAUUUGUCACUAAGGUGUUGGGCUAUCCAAAGCCUGUUGUGAAAUGGUACCGUAGUGGAAAGGAGAUCCUGGCAGAUGGAACUAAGAUCAAAGCGCUGGAGUUCAAGGGAGGCUACUAUCAGCUUGUCAUCACUUCUGCUGAUGAGAAUGAUGCCACAGUUUACCAAGUCAGAGCAACUAAUUCCUCAGGAUCCAUCUCUACCACAGCCAACUUGGAGGUGGAAGUUCCUGCUAAGAUCUAUCUGCCUCAAGAGCUCCAAGGAAUGGGCGCAGUCCAUGCUGUCCGUGGUGAUCACAUCACCAUCAAGAUCCCCAUCUCUGGCAAACCUGAGCCAACAAUCACUUGGCAGAAAGGUCAGGAGAUCCUCUCCAACUCUCCUUAUCACCAAGUCAUCACCACAAGGUCUUUCACAUCCCUGGUAUUCCAGAAGGGAGUCCAGAGGAAAGAUACUGGCUACUACAUUAUUACUGCAAAGAACAGGUUUGGAAUGGACAAGCAAACCAUCGAGGUGAAUGUGGCCGACAUUCCUGAAGCUCCAAAAGGCCUUGUGGUUAGUGAAAUUGCAAGGGAUUCUAUCACUCUUGUCUGGGAGCCCCCUGUCAGUGAUGGUGGAAGCAACAUUAUUAACUACAUUGUGGAGAAGUGCCCCACCACCAGUGAUAGGUGGAUUCGUGCUGGACAAACGACUGACUGUAGUAUCACUAUCAUCAACAUAUUUGGAAAGGCCAAAUACCAGUUCCGUGUUAUUGCAGAGAACCAGUUUGGUCUGAGCCCACCAUCUGAACCAACUGAGCCUAUCACCACAAAGGAAGACAAGUCUGUAAUUAGGAACUAUGAUGAGGAAGUGGACGAAACAAGAGAAAUUACUAAAGAGGAGGCUCUUUUCUACAAGGUGAAGGAGCUGUCCUCAAAGUACAUUAUCUCUGAGGAGCUUGCUCACUGCCAGUUUGGUGUGGUUCACCGUUGUAUUGAGAUUGCCACAAAGAAAACCUACAUGGCCAAGUUUAUCAAAGUCAAAGGAACUGAUCGUGAGUUGGUUUUGAGGGAAAUUGAAGCUCUUAAUGUGGGAAGGCAUAAGAAUAUCAUCUACUUGCAUGAAUACUUUGAAAGCAUGGAGGAGAUCAUCCUUAUCUUUGAAUUCAUUUCUGGAGUUGACAUCUUUGAGCGGCUUGGCACCAGCAACUUUGAGCUUACAGAGCAGGAGAUUGUCAAGUACCUUAGACAAGUCUGCUCUGCUCUCAAGUUCCUGCAUUCCCACAACUUUGGCCACUUUGAUAUCCGCCCAGACAACAUUGUGUACACUACAAGGAAAAGUACCAACAUAAAGAUCAUUGAGAUGGGCCAGGCUAGGCUUCUGGUGCCGGGAGAAAACAUCAGAAUGCUCUUUUCAGCACCGGAGUACUGCGCCCCAGAGGUCCACCGCCAUGAUUUGGUCACAACGGCCACAGAUAUGUGGUCUGUUGGUGUUAUGGCCUAUGUUCUACUCAGUGGCCUUAAUCCAUUUGCAGCAGAGUCUACCACAAAGAUGAUUGAGAAUAUCACCAACUGUGAGUAUGUCUUCGACAGUGAAGCAUUUAAGGAUAUCAGCCUGGAGGCUAUGGACUUUGUUGACAGACUUCUUGUCAAGGACAGGAAGCUUCGUAUGACAGCCCAUGAGGCUCUGGAGCACCCAUGGCUCAAGAUGAAAAUAGAGCAUAUUAGCAACAAGGCUAUCAGGACACUGAGACACAGAAGGUACUAUCAGACUCUGGUAAAGAGGGUUGAUACUAUUGUAUCAGCAGCUCGUGUGGCCUAUGGUGGUGCUUUCAAGAACCAGAGGGGAUUGGCUGUUGGUAAAGUGAAGAUUGGAACUGAGUGCCAUGGCUUCCGUGCUGGCCCAGUCAUGCAUGCCUCAGCUGAAGAAGGUGGUUAUGCAAGAUUCACUUGCAGCAUUGCCAAGCAUGACAAGAGUACACAGGUGUCAUGGUACUUUGGUAACUGCCAGCUACACACAAGCCACAAGUAUGAGAUUACUUAUAGUAAUGGCUUUGCCAGUAUCUACGUAAAGGACAUUGAAGAAAGUGAUGAUGGUGUGUACAGAUGCAAAGUGCUGAGUGAUGAUGGAGAAGACAGUGCUUAUGGAGAGCUUUUUGUCGAGACAGUGAGGAGUAUCAAAGAGUACUAUCUUAGCCGCUCCAUCAAGAAAUUAAGGAGGAGAGUUGACAAGACUAAGCUUCUGCAGAGACCACCAGAGUUCACUUUGCCUCUCUACAACCGCACCGCUUUCAUUGGCGAAGAUGUGCGUUUUGGUGUUACUGUUACUGUGCAUCCAGAGCCUUGCAUAAUUUGGCUUAAGAAUGGUGAAAAAAUCAAGCCAGGUGAUAAUGACAGCAAGUACACGUUCACCAGUGAUAAGGGUCUAUACCAGCUCAUGAUCCAUAACCUGGACAUGACUGAUGAUGCUGAAUACACCGUUAUGGCCCACAACAAGUUUGGAGAAGACAGCUGCAAGGCCCGUCUCACUGUGGCACCACAUCCUGUGACAGAAGAAACUAUGAAGCCCAUGUUCAAACGCCUGCUGGCUAAUGUUGAGUGCAUGGAGGGACAGAGUGUCCAUUUUGAGCUCAGAGUCUCAGGUGUACCACCUCCUACUCUUAAAUGGCAAAAGGAUGGUCAUCCACUACAGUUUGGUCCCAAGGUGGUUGUCAUACAGGAGGACGUUGACUCUCAUGUCCUUCACAUUAGAGAGACUCUACUUGAGGACUCUGGUGUUUACAAAGUUACUGCAACCAACUCUGCUGGCACCGCCAGCUGUCAGGCAACAUUGAAGGUGGACCGCCUUACCUAUACAAGGAGAGAAUAUAGGAGUGAGGAAGAGAAAUACAUGCACAUACAGAAACAAAUUGAAAAGACCAACAAGAUGGCUCAGAAAAUCGUUGCUACUGAGGAGCUUGUACCGCUUAAUCCCACUGCUCAAGAAGCUCUCAAAUAUGCUGCAGAGAUUUACAAGCCAGCAGUGAGCACGAAGAAUGUCGAGGGUGAGUUUGACAUCAAAGAGGAGAAGUCAGAGACCAAGAAGUUGGAGGAGGAGAGGAGGAUCUUCAUGCCCUAUGAAAUUCCUGAGCCUGUGGUUCAUGAUCCCAGAGUUCUUGAUGAGAACAAAGGUAUCAAACUGUUUGUACCUCUGUCAGAUAUGAAGUGGUACAGAAAGCUAAAAGAUCAAUAUGAGAUUUCAGAGAGGAUGGAGAGGAUUGUGCAGAAGAGACAGAAACGUAUUCGUUUGUCCAGAUGGGAACAGUUCUACGUCAUGCCCCUUCCUAGAAUCACUGACCAGUAUAGGCCAAGAUGGCGUAUUCCAAAACUCACUCUAGAUGAUCUGGAGACUGUCAGACCUGCACGCCGCUCUCCCAGUCCUGUGUCAGAGGCGUUGUUCAGAUCUAGGAGGAGAUCUCUGGGAGACCUUAGCGAUGAGGAGCUGAUGAGAACAGAGGAAGAAGAAGGAAUGAUGUUGGAGGAUGAACUGGAGCUUGGCUUUUCUGCCUCACCUGCUGGCAGCCCUGUACGCAUUGAGCGACGUGCCAUGGAGCAUGAGGAAAGAAGGCAGGAAGGUAGACAUGAAACCGUUGAGGUUGCUGAGACAAAGAAGAAACGUACCAUCUCUCAGUAUAUGAGGAGGAGAAGGUCACUGUCACCCACUUACAUUGAGCUAAUGCGUCCAGUUUCAGAACUGAUAAGACAACCACAUGCUAGGCAUCCUGUGGAAGUAGAGGGAGAGAUUGUGGGGAGGAGGUCCCCUACCCCAGAGAGGACCCGACCACGUUCCCCCAGCCCCAUCAAGUCAGUUGAAAGGUCUUCACGCUCCUCCUCGAGGUUUGAGCGGUCUGCCCGUUUUGAUAUCAUGUCCCGUUACGAGGCCAGAAAGGCUGCUCUGAAAUCUGAAAGGAAGUAUCAGUUGGUCAGUCAGACACCUUUCAGUUUGGACCAUGCCCCGCGUGUCACUGUUAGGAUGCGUUCUCAUCGUAUCCCAGUUGGUCAAGAUACAAAAUUCACCCUAAAUGUACAAGCUAAACCAGAGGCUGAGGUCACGUGGUUCCACAAUGGAACUGCGAUCUCUGAAUCCAGUGAGAAAUUCAUCUUUACCAACAUGACUGGUGUCUUGACCAUCACUAUUCUGGACUGUCAGGAAGAGGAUAGUGGCACGUAUCGCUGUGUAUGUUCCAACUCUAAGGGAGAGGCUUCAGACUAUGCUACCCUGGAGGUGUCAGGUGGUAGCUACACAACUUUUUCUUCUCGCCGCAAGGAUGAGGAAGCUCCCAAAGCAUAUGUCCCUGAAGUCACUCGAACAGACCACUACCACAUCUCCCACUUCAAAGCUGGCUAUGCUUCACAGACCCACUUUGAGGUAGAAGAAACCAAAUCUAAGUUAACCGAAACACAUGAGGUAUUCACACAUGAGAGAUAUGGCGCCUCCUCUGAAAGGUACUCCUCUGCUGAGAGGUAUGACUCAUCUAUCAAGUAUGCUUCUGCUGAAUACCUGUCAUCUAGUUCCUCUUAUUCAUCUGACAAAUUUUCUCUGAGUGGGAAACACACCAUAUCUGAAGCUAAACUGAAAUCCUCUACCACUGCUGGUGAUGAGGAAGUUUCUGUCCAGAAGGCAAAACUUUCUCUUCCAGCUAGAAUCCUCACUAAGCCUCAGUCUGUGACAGUUGAGGAGGGAGAGACUGUCAGAUUUACCUGUGAUAUUGAUGGUGAGCCUGCACCCACUGUGACAUGGAUACAUGAGAGCAGAACCAUUGUCUCAUCCCACCACAUUCAGGUCACCACAACUCAGUAUAAAUCCAGUUUGGAAAUCUCCUCUGUGACAGCCUCCCAUGAGGGCAGUUACACAGUAGUGGUAGAGAAUUCAGAAGGCAGACAGGAAGCUCAUUUUACUUUAACCAUCCAUAGAGCAACCCCCAAGCAGGAAGUUAAAAUAGUCAAACCCCCUGAGCCAUCCGUGAAGUCACCCACUCCCAGUGUAAAGUCACCUGCACCUUCAGCCACAUCCCCUAUUCCCUCCACAACCUCUGCUGUUCCCAGUGUGAAGUCACCAGAACCUAGCACCAAAUCCAUCGAGCCUUCAGUUACAUCACCAGCUUCAAGUAUAAAAUCUCCUGAACCAAGUGCAACAUCUCCUGCUCCAAGUGUGAAGUCCCCAACACCAAGUGUGAAGUCUCCUGAACCCGAGGGGAUUAAGUCUCCUAAGACCAUAAAGUCUCCUGAACCAACUGCACCUUCUCCUGCACCGAGCUUAAAAUCACCGACUCCAGGUGUCAAAUCUCCUGAGCCUGAGGGACCUAAGUCACCACGAGGUCUAAAAUCUCCUGAGCCACGACUCAAGUCACCACCGCCAACUAAGACCCUGGGGACUGGAAAGUCACUGGAAUCUGAGGAAGUAAAAUCACCCCGGGGUAUCAAAUCUCCAGAACCUACAGGAAUCAAAAUGCCAAGAGGUGUCAAGUCCCCAGAACCUCCUGGACUCAAAACACCAAAAGGCAUCAAGUCCCCAGAACCAGCAGGCAUCAAAUCACCAAGGGCACUGAAGUCCCCUGAACCUGAAGGGAUCAAAUCACCUCCUAGAAUGAAGUCUCCUCCUCCCACCAUGUCCCCCAAGAGAGUUGUAUCUCCACCCACCGUAAAAUCCCCAAUCCCAAAACCCCCCAAGGUCAUGAGUCAGCUAACAGCAGAAGCCUGUGAGGGGUCAGUGAGGAUGUCCUGUGUUUGUGAGAGCUCCGUCAGAGAGGUGGUAUGGUAUGUGAAUGGGAGGAGGCUUUCACAAAGCAGUCGCCUAGAGAUGCACUAUUCUGAGGGUUCUUGCAGCCUUUUGAUCCAUAAUUUAACAGACAGUGAUCAGGGAGAGUACAUCUGUGAGAUGAAAUCAGAAGGAGGAGUAUCCAAGUCUUCUUUCAACUUCACUGGACAAGUGUUUCAGUCAAUUCGCAAGAAGAUUACAGCUUAUUGUGAACAGCAGCUGGGACUUCAAGAAUCAGUAUUGAUGAGUCAAAAGGAGUCAUCGUCAUCCUUGAGUUCAUCGGUGAUGAUGAAGAAAGAAAUCCAUACAAUGGAGGAGUCGUCUGCCUUUUCUUCUACUUCCCAGCAGGCAGUGAUGUCAUCCAUGACGGAUUCCCGCUCCUUCAGCAGCAUGGCAGCUGAAAUGAAGUUUGAGACCAUGUCCAUGUCCAGCAUGUCCUCCGUGUCAUCUGAGGCAUAUGCCAUGAGCUCCAGUAGCCUCAUGGAGAUGGCCUCCCACAUGGAGGGAUCACUUAGAGCUCUUGGUUCUGCUCCAAGGAUUGAAGCUCUGCCAGAGGACAUCAGCAUUGAGCCUGGCAAAGUCCUGACAGUCGCCUGUGCCUUCUCUGGUGAUGCCAGACACAUUGAGUGGUCGCACGACGGCAAAAGGAUUGAGUUGACUGCUGCCGGACGCUUCCAUAUUGAGACCACUGAGGACUUGACCACGCUCAUUAUCACUGGGGUGAAGAAGGAGGAUGCUGGAAGCUACACCCUCAAACUGUCAAAUGAGCUGGGAUCUGAUACAGCAACUGUUCACAUUAGUAUUCGAUCGGUGUAAGGAAAAAAAAACAACUCUUCAAAACUUCCCCUUUUUCCUUUUCUCAUGCGUUUUUAUUUAAUCAAGCAAAAGAAUCUACUUGAUAAAGAUCUGGAUUUCUGUUCUUGUAAAUAUGAACUAUUUUUGUAACUAUCUUGACAUUAAUUUUUGCCAAACUAGACUAAAGUCUAAAGGUGUUAUAAAAUGUACCAUAUUGGAUAACUGUGACUUAGGAUUUUUGAUCCAUUAUUCUGUGACAUGUACAUAAUGUAUAUAGCCGAAUUUACCGGUUAUGGGAAGUGUAUGCAUUGUUAUUUAUGACAAUAAUAUUAACUAAAACAAAAUGAAACUGUAUAUGGUUUAACAGGAGAAAGUUCCAACAGGAACGAAUACUCUGUUAAACUAAGAAACUAAACUUUGUGCCUCAACGAUAAGUUGAAGUCUUAAGAUUGCCUCAACAGGUAGAGAGGCUCCCUGUUGAUGUUAACUCAAUCAGAGACAAAACUAUGAAUACACUGCUUUAGAGAGCAGUGCAUUAGCAUUGUGAAAGCAGUGUGAGAUCCUGAAUGCUGUUUGCAUUUACCCUCAUGUAAGCAGGAUGACUGGACCUCGCACUCCGACUGAUUCUGUCGUACUGCUAUUUCACUGACGUGCUCAGAGUGCAAGCGGCCUGCACUCCCUGAGCACAAGUGUUUCUUUUAUAUUUUGUGCUCUGCAUCUGGCAAACAACCACUGAUGAGACUUUUCACUUGUACCACCAACCUGGCCAAUCACUUUAAAUAAGAGUCCCUCCUGUGCUUGUUUGCAGAAACAGAGCUGUCUCUCGGAGGUAUGCAGUGUGUUUGUGUGCUAGUUUUUAGAAGUUCACCUGUCAGUCAAGGUGGGUGCGGCAAAGCAGAUGUAUGAAACCACCUACUGCUGCGUUCAACAACAAGUCCCACAUGUCGCCCUGCAGUUUAAGGGUUUGAUUGAAGUUUGAGUUGUAGUUUUGACUAUUUUCGCACCCUCCUUGAGUCUUUCCUCCAGUUAUUUCUUUAAUAAAGCAUGAUUAUCAGCACUACA